AUGCAGCGCCGGAGCGUCCUCCUGCCCCUUCUGCUGGUGUGUGCGGCCGCGGCGGCGGCAGCCCACGCCGGCGGCGCCGAGUGCGGGCUGGCCGAGCGCUCCGGCCGGGCUCGAAGGGACACCCGGCAGGCGGCGCAGCGGCAGCAGGCGGCGGCGGCGGCGCAGCAACACGCCGCUCUCCACUCGCCUUACCCCGCCCCGGGCACCUGCGCCACCAGGUUAGCCCGGGGUAGACGCUCCUCCGCGGGCGCGGGCGGGCCGGAGGCGCCGCGGGCUCCGCGCCGCAGGAGGCGAGCUCAGGAGGGCGGGGAGCAGCCGGCAGUCAGCCGAGCGCUCUAUUUUCGCGGCGAGGGCGACCAGCUGCGGCUGAAGGCGGAGGUGGAGUUACCCCGGGAUGCCUUCACGGUCCAAGCGUGGCUACGGCCCGAAGGCGGGCAGAAGACUCCGGCGGUCGUCGCAGGUAAGCAGGACUUCCUCUACUGGGGGCGUCCAGAGACACCUACCCCUUCACACACACUUGGGUUGAGGACUCCAGUUCUACUCCAGAGGAGAUCCAUUGGAACGGAUGGAAUUCAGUUAGGCAUGACCAUUCGUUCCACGGGGUCUAUUCUGAGAAGAACCCAUUGCAAUUAAUGUAUUUUGUUAGAUUUUUACGCAUGGAUUUCGAGACGUCUACUCUGAGUGAGACUGACGGGAGAUCCAAUCCUUUGAAAUGAAUGUACUUCAGCUGUAUUCAUUCGGGUCCACAGGUCUACUACGAGUGGAACUGGCGUUGGAUCUUACCCGUUGCCCAAAGGAAUUACGUGUUGAACGUUGGCGACGUUUAGACCACGUUUGUGCGUGCCACAUCUGGACUUACUGUUCAACUCUGGUUGAAUGCAAAGUGUACGGCGGGCGGGAGGAGGCUCUUGAGUGUUUAUGUCGUGGUUUGUUGUUUCUUUAAAGCCACGUGCUGUUGUGUCUCCAGUAUAUGCAUGCACGCCUGUCUGUCUCUUCUAUUUUGUGAAUGGGCAGAAACUUAGGAAGUUUGGGGAAAACCGCAGGAGGAAAGAAACCUAUGCACAGGUACUGCUCACGGGAUCCCCACAGACAUCUGCUUUGCCACUUUGAGAAAUGGAUGAUGGACUAGACGGGCCCUUGGCCUGAUCCAGCAGGCUAAACUCCCCCCCCCCCCCAAAAAAAAACCCCUCUUCCUUGUGCUUACUUCCGAAGAAACGUGGCUAGUAGAAAAGCCCCGGGGCCAGCAAGCGAGCGAGGGAUGAGAUAAGGUGGAGAGGGCGUUAUGCGUCUCCCCUUUAGACAGGUUGAUCCCGAUCCUGCCUAAGAGCUGCCUUUUAACUGUGGUUUCAUUCAUUUUCGAUGAGUUAACCACACGCGUUUAACGGUGCCUCCCUAUCGGACUCCCCUACUUGAGAGUAAGCCCGCUGGUAUGGGAAGGAAAGGAAACUUACUUAUUAGCCCACGUGAGUUGGAGCGUAUUGUAAAAAGGCUUCAAUCCUAAGCACGGCUGCUUUGACAUAAGACUGCAAUAUCCUAGCCCCGCUGAAUCUGAGCGUGAAGCCCACUGAAUUCAAUAUGAUUUACUCCAGAGUAGAUGUGUUUGGGAUUGUGCUGUAAACCCGCGGGAUUUCUCCCUAAGUACACGUGCGCUGCAGACAAGGAAAGCACGCUGAUGUGGCAGGAAAAAGUUAGUCCUCCUCCUGUGUAAACCGUUUGAACUGGGUGGGCUUGCCUUCUAAGUAAAGCGUACACUGGCUCUGUCCUAUAGGAAUCCUUGGGUUGUACCCAAUCUAAGUGCUACUCGGAGUAGACCAAGUGAAAUGAAUGAACCUAACUUAGUCAUGUCCGUGAAUUUCAGUGGGUUUACUCUGCGUAAGACUAGCGUUGGAUAUAACCCAGUGAAGUUUUUACUGGAUCCUGCUCAUUUUUGUUCAAGAGCUCAUUCCUCCCCUCACCAGUGAAUUCAUAAUGGGACAUUUAAAAAGAGAAAUAUUUCUCAUUUGAAUAGGAUCAUGGGAAAAUGAUGUCUCUUUAGACAUGUACUCCAGUGGAUUGGACAGGCAGCUUAUCUUCCUCUCUUUAAAGGUUCUCACUUUCCAAAUGUGUUGGAAAGCUUCCCUGCUUUACUUUUGCUAUUUGAUGUUAGAAUAAGCAUGUGGUUUCCUAAAGCAGUGCUUUUUAACUGUAUAAAGUGCUGGCAGUUUUUAAAAUAGUGAUAACUCAUGAGCGCUUGCAGUUCCCAAACCUCAUCGCGCAACGGGGCAGAAUAUGUGAAGGAUCUUUUUUUCCCCCAAAAGCACACACAUUUUUUCAGCAUUUUUGAAAUUCUUUCCAAUAUUGCAAAUGUCAACAGCUGACUACAAUAUCAUGUUGCACUAUAAAAGUUUUGGCGCUCUCCCCCCCCCCAAAAAAAAAUACUGUUGAACUGUAAGCUUUAUUAAUCAUGAGGUCUUGGAACACGUGUCUUGUUUUUCAUUCAACGAGGCCCCGGGAGAAGCUUGGACACAUCCUGUACAUAUCCCUCUGUUCUUGGGAAGAGUAAAGAGAGAGAAAUGGGGAAUAUAUUCUCUGGUGGAGUUGGACUUGAGAGGCUUGCCCUGAUCCCUAGAGAUAGAGUAUUGGGAUAUGAGUAUGAAAGUCUGUGAUUUGGAACACUUUUAAUUUGUUUUAUUACAUUUUCAUAUUGACUAUCCACCAAGGGGCUCAAGACAAUAUACAUUGUUCUUCCUCCCCACUAUUCAACUUUUAUAUCUACCGUAUUUUUCGCUCUAUAAGGCGCACCAGACCACAAGACGCACCUAGUUUUUGAAGUAGGAAAACAAGAAAAAAAAUAUUCGGGAUCUCAGAAGCCAGAACAGCAAGAGGGAUCGCUGCGCAGUGAAAGCAGCAAUCCCUCUUGCUGUUCUGGCUUCUGGGAUAGCUGCGCAGCCUGCAUUUGCUCCAUAAGACGCACACACAUUUCCCCUUACUUUUUAGGAGGGAAAAAGUGAGUCUUAUAGAGCAAAAAAUACGGUAUACCUCUGUGAGGCUGAUAAGGCUGAGAGAUAGCAACAUGCCCCAGUGAGCUUCAUGCAUGAGUGAGAACUUGAAUCCACGUCUUCCUUGCCUAUUUUGACACUCUAACCAGUACACUAUAUUGCUUCUUCUGGGGGAAGGGGGUCAGUAAUGAGAGCCAGUAACGAGUUCUAUUAAACCUGUGGCAGUACCCUGAGAUACCACUGAGGAAGCCUCUGGUUCAAAUAAUUUACUGUGUUUUGCUGCAUUCUUUACAACAACCUUGUAAGGUAGGCAAGAGUUUGUUACCCUUGUAUUGCAUAUCUUUAUUCCCACUCUCUCAGUCUUAGUUUACCCUCACCCUCACCCUUGCUUCUGCAAUGUGACAAUAAAUAAAUACUUCCCAGUGUUGCAGAGUUGUUGUAAGGGCUAUAGGAAAAUGAUAUAUAUGAAAGAGUCUGCAGAGCUAUGCAAAUGUUAAAUAUAGCUUAAACUUUAUUGUUAUUACCUACCCAUAGAUCUCUUAAAGGAAAAAGGAGGGGAUUCCCUCUCUCACACACACUGUUCUGGCAGCAGAUGCUUUUCCUCUCUCUUUUUUCUGUCUCUGGGGCUGUUUUCUGUCAUUCCUGCCACAUUACAGUGUUUUUAUUUCUUUAUCUCGACUGCCCUAUACUUGACCUACAAGAUUGCUGUCACUCAGAGGAGUCUGUCCUGAAACAAAGAAAACAGAAGCCACAGCAAAAAAAGUGGAUGGGGGGAGAGAGACUUUAACUCUCCUUCCACUUUCCCACUCAAGAUGCCUUGUGCUGAGUCAGACAAUUGGUCCACCUAGCUGAAUAUUGUCCACACAGACCAGCAGCUGCUGUCCAGGAUUUUGAGAAUGUGAUGGUCCCGGCCCUACCUGGAGAUGCUGGCAAUUGAAGCUGGGGCCUUCUGCAUGCAGGGCAGGUGCCUUGCCACUGAGCCACAGUCCUUCUUUCUGCCCCACUCUCACUUUUAAACUAUGGAUGUUUGAGAAAUUUACCUGGCUCGCCUUUAAGUUGUGAACUGACCUAACUCACACUCUCUGAAACUGAUCAGUGAAGUGAAACACAGCUAUCCUUUGAAAUUUGAACUGCUCUGAAUUUUGUGGUGUUGUUCUUCAACCCCCAUCCCCCACGCCCCCAUAUGUAUAUGGUAAGGUGUACAGUCAGACAAAAGGCACAUAUUAGUCAAACUAGCAUAAAAAUGUGUACAUCAAACAACACAGUGCACACAAAUUGAGUGUAUUAAUUUUUAUGUGGACUUUUUUGAGGCAGAAAAAUGAGGAGCUUCAAGAAACCAAAUGCUUUCUUUUAAAGCAGCUGGAUCUGAGGGGAAAAGAAUCCUGUAGGAGGUAACUUGCUGAAAAUGUUGUGAGACUUUAGGUCCCAUCAGCCCUGGCCAGCAUGGACAAAUUAUUAAGGAUGGUGGGAAUCGUAGUCAUACAGCAGCUAGUGGCCCCCAUGUUCUCCCACCCUUCUGCUUUGUACACCAAAUGGCCCCCAUCUUGUGAAGAAAGAGAACAGGAGCAAUCCUAAGUGAGGAAGAUAAUUUCAGCUGUAAUCUUCCAGUCUUUUUCCUUUGUUCAUCAAUGUUGUGACUUCUGGGUCUCAGGGAUGCAACUGAUCCUAUUUUAUGAGAUAGAAAACAGUGGAGUGCAAGCUUAGAUACAGAUAUAUAGACCAGUGGUGCAGAAUGUUUUUCAGCACCACCUUGGCUGUUCCUAGUUAGUGAGACUCAUCUAACAACAUGAAAUGGAGCUUUUAGUGUUGGUGGUCCAGUUCUGUGGAAUGCUCCACCAGCAGAGAUUUCACCAGGCUCUUUCUGUUUCAGCCUUUAAAACCUUUCUGAAAAAUUUCCCUAUGUUGCCAGGCUUAUGGAGGCAAUAAAGAAAACACCUUUCCAUAACAGCUGUUGUCCUCUUGUUUUAUAUGUUUAUGUGGUUGUUAUUAUAUAUAGAUACAGUUGUUCGAAACCUUUCUGAUAUCCCCCCUUUUGUUGAUAUAACUAUUUUUAUAAAUAUAUUAUAACUUUUUUAUAUAAAUGAAGAAAUUUAAUUGGAUAACUGGAGAGUAGAUCAUGGCAGGAAUGGUGAACCUUGAGAUCCUCCCAAUGGUUUUGCACAUGAAGUGUGAGUUAUAAGUAAUGUAAAUAAAUAAAUGCAGAUAACUUUUGCAUUGGGAGCUAUCUUUAACUUUUUUAAAUGAAAGAUUACAUAUUUAAGGGGAAAAAAUCAUGUGCUAAUGGUAACAUUCCUUUUCCAUGGUGUUGGAUUUUUAUUUCCAAGAAAUUAUGAUUGAUUGAUUGAUUGAUUUUUAGAAACAACCCUUUAAGAAAGGAAGACUAUAUUAUGGUUAUACCUCUGAUUUUAAACUUUUAAAAUUCAAAAUGGAGCAGGUGAAAUAUAAGAGAUGUAGCUGAGAUUCCUGCAUCACAGGGGGUUGGACUAGAUGACUGUUGUGGUCCCAAUUCUACAGUUCUAUGAUUAACGUUAGAACACUGAUUACUACUUUGUUUCAGGCCAGCAUGGAGUCUAAAACUAGCAUUUUCCCUCUGUCAAUAGUUUAGAAACAUUUACAUUUUGUAACUAAGCAAUGUUUUAGCUGCCUGUGCAUCUUUUCUGGCUGUUGCAUGGAAAAGCACAUGAAUCUGACCUUCAAAAGGGUUUUGUUAUGACUUCCCAAAUGCGUGGUCUGUCUCUAUGCAGGGGAAAUGGGAUAGCUUGGAAAGAGCUUUUAAAAGGGGACAUUUUGGGAUUCACUGGAAGCGCAUGCUUUUAAGGUUUUACUACCUAUACUCCCAAGCUUUUCUUCGCUGCUUGCUUUGCUGUGUUAAAUCUCUGCUGGGGCUCUCUCACCAAAGAGUGCUUGCCCCAGACUUGGGUCUUGGCUUCCAUAAUUCCAACAAUGUAGACAAAUGUUGAACUAGACGGGUGUAUGAUCUGCCUCUGUAUAAUGAUCUGCCUUCUCAGUGGGAGGGCUGUAGCUCAGUGGUAGAGCUCCUGCUUUGCAGCAGAAGGCCCCCGUUCAAGCCCUGGAACCUCCAAGUAAAGUUGGGAGAGAGACUGCCUGAAGCCCUGGAGAGCCAAAGCCAAUGAGAGGCAGUUGUUGUUGUUGUUUUUAGAAAAAGUACUGAUUUACUGGUAUUUCAUUAAAAAAAAUUAAAGUGGUUCACAGCUUAUAAUAAAAACCAUGUAUAAAGUUUAAAAACAGAAACCGAUUAACCACUGUGGAGAGAUGUAUUUUAACUGCCUGCAUAGGCCUGGAGGGCAGGUGGUGCAAUGCAGCCCAGUUUGGCUAUGGUGGAAGAGUCACUCCAUCAGCAUUGGUGGUUUGCCUGCCCCAGGCACCAGCAACACAUACUAUGCUGCUGGAGGAAGGACUAUAGCCCAGUGGUCAGGGCAUAUGUUUUUUUGCCUCAAGGUAAUACUGGGAGUACAGUGGUACCUCGGGUUAAGUACUUAAUUCGUUCCGGAGGUCCGUACUUAACCUGAAACUGUUCUUAACCUGAAGCACCACUUUAGUUAAUGGGGCCUCCUGCUGCCGCCACGCUGCCGGAGCACGAUUUCAGUUCUCAUCCUGAAGCAAAGUUCUUAACCUGAAGCACUAUUUCUGGGUUAGCGGAGUCUGUAACCUGAAGUGUAUGUAACCUGAGGUACCACUGUACCUCUUCCCGUGUACUCUUCCUGUUAGGACACACCUUCCCCUUUCUCCCACUGCCCUCCCCAAAUAUGUUCCAGAGCGCUGGUGAAACCCCAGAACAGAUUUAGGGUGUACACUGUGGAAGGAGGUGGGAAGUGUAAGUCCUUGCACUCACAUUAUCACUUAGUGCCAUAGUGGACAGAACCAUCCAAGUCUUAAACCCUGGGGGACUUCCAGUCAUUGAAGAUCAUACUGAGCCAUAUGGACUAAUAUUCAGGGUUAGUCCUACACCCUAAUAGCAGUAACAAAUAACUUUAUGCUUGAUGAUUUGCUGCUUUUUCAUGGCCACCCAAACCAAAUCCCUGAGGCAGCCACCUGUGUGUUUCGCACCAGAUCUUGGAGGCUUAGGUGACUGUCUUCUCCUAGCAACUUUGCCUCUUCCUUCCUCUUCUGUCUGGGCUUCAGAAUAAGCAUAGACAUGGGAUUUGGGGUGGGGGUGUACUUCUUAGGCCAAAAUUGGAUAUAGAUAUAGAUAUAGAUAUAGAUAUAGAUAUAGAUAUAGAUAUAGAUGAUAUAGAUAUAUUUAACAAAGAUUCAUUAAAAGCUAGGUGUAAAAUCCAAAGUGCCAAAGAUCCUUUUCUUCCCUGAAAGAAAGGAUCACCCUCCUCCUUUCUUGGCCUUCGAGCAUGUUUCCUUUGCUCCUCUGGAGUUGAAAUUGUCCUUGCAUCACCAUCAGCUGCAGUGUGUGGUAUGUGUGUGUGUGACUUUUCUAAAGAGCUAAUUUUACAACACUAUUAAAAGGGCUCGUCAUCUCCCCAGGCCAUCCCUCAUCUAGGAGGGGGAGGUGGCCCUUGAUGCAAAGGGCUGCCAGUUUUCACACUGCUUCAGAGAGAGAGAGAGAGAGAGAGAGAGAGAGAGAGAGAGAGAGAGAGGGAGAGAGAGGGAGAGACUGAGACUAUUUCUGAACUCGUUUUGACUUUGGUGCUAUCAGCUGCAGUGUUCAGCAAAGCAAAGCCUCCCUCCCUCCGUGUGUGUGUGUGUGUGUGUGUGUGUGGGAGAGAGAGAGAGAGAGAGAGAGAGAGAGAGAGAGAGAGUGUAGAAUAGCCACAUCAAUGGCUCCCAACAGGUUUUGCCACUGGGUUGUGUGAUAACUUUUGCAGAUAGCCUGUGUGCAACAACACACUGGGUUUUAUCGAGUGCUAUCCUUAAUCAGUGUAGAUCCAUUGGUGUUUAGACAUGUAUAAGGUUUCGUCUAUAUUAGACAUUUAAAGCAGUAUCGUACCACUUUAAGCAGGCAUAGCCAUCCUCUGGAGAAGCCAUGCCAUCAGUGGGAGGGUUGGGAAGCAGAGCUCACUCCAUCGGAUCCACUGUAACAGGCCAGCUCUAUCAGGCCUCCUUUCCCCUCAGCUAUUAUCUGGGGGCAGUCAUUCCGUCUGACUACCUCAGAGGGAGAGAUUUAGAAGCAAGGCUCAGCUUUGUCAGAGGCCUAACUUCACCAGACAUCUUCUGCCCCUGAACUAUGCCAGUUGGACAUUAUAGGAACAACUGUUUAGAAAUUGGUCCCUCAGUUUUGGUUUUCCUCUUCCUUCCCUGUUCCUUUUCCUUUGUGUGCCAUGUUUUUGUGGAUUGUAAGCCUGUCUUGUUUUGAUUACAUGUAUGCCAUUCUGGGAGUCUUUUUGGCUGAAGAGCAGGGUACAAAUGUGCUAAAUGCACUACAAUAAACAAUGCCCUAAAUAUAUAAUAAAUAGCUUUCCCCAAAGAAUUCUGGAGCUGAGAUAAGGGUGCUGAAAGACCCAGAGUGGUUGAACAGUCAACCCAUCUUCAUAGGGCAGUCUGGCCAUUGCCAUUUUGUGAAGAAACAGCUUUCAACUUCAGUUCCUAGAAUACUUUGCAGGAAGUCAUGACUGUUUAAAGUGAAAUGAUACUGCUUUGAAUUAAUAAUGCAGAUGGGGGCCUAACUGGUCUACUCUGAGUAGGAUUAGUAUUGACUACAACUUAUAGUCAUGCUCAUUAACUUCAGCGAGUCUACUCUGAGUAGGAUUAGCACUGGACUCAGCCCGCUGUGUCCCAAAGCAUAUGCCAAAAAUGGAGUUUACACUACCACACCUCAGAUGCUGCAAAUCUAUCUUGUUUUGGGGCUGCUGGAGCUGGGAAGUAAAUGAGGUUGUUGGGGUUGUGGUUUUUUUUAAAGAUCUACGCAUCAAAGUGUGAGUGGAUCUUUUACAUUCAUUCAGUCUGUUUUCCAGAUGUAAAUGCCAUUUCUGACAUUGCAAUGUGUUGUUCUUUUUGCUUCAGCAGUUAUACAUGAAAACACAUACAAAACAAACAAAACCAGAGUUGGUUGCUCUCACCAGAAAUAAAUCCUUCUCGACUCUUAGUGCAAUCAAGAGGGUAGUCCCUCAACAAACAAACAAACAAACAACCCCUCGUCUAUGUGGUCUCCAGUCUUGGUGAAGUGAUGGUUGACUCUUUAAUGGGCAGAAGUGGAAAACAAAAUUUGGAUGAAUGAGUUGAAGUGGAAAAGGCGUGUUUGCCAAGAGAAGCGAGAGUUUCUCUGUUGCUGCUGUUCACUGUCUCUCCAUACUUUCCAGUUGCCAGGUUAAGGAACAUGAUCCUGAGUGACUGGAGCCCAGCUUGACAGGAAACGCCUCCGUUUUCCCAAACUUUCAUUCUCUGAUGAAAGCAAGGUUGCAGCAGGGUUCAAGAUGAAAGGGGAGAGUGAGGUGAAGGGUUCCAGAGGUAGCACAGCAGAGCUCUCUUCAGAUCGUGGCCUUUGUGCAUAUUAAACAGUUUUUGGAAUGCUUAGCUUCUGAGUUUGGCCCGUUACUGGACAGGCACAGAAAGCACUCAGUACCUAGGCAAUGACCUUUCAAGACUGACAGCCCUCAGUUCUGGUUAGGGACAGGGAUGGGCAAAUCUGUCAGUUGCUCUCAGUUGCUUCUUUUCACAUCCAUGUGUGGUGUUUUUUUUUUAGAGUCUUCAUGAAAAUUCAUCAGUGCAAAUCUCUCAAAAAAGGCACAUUUUUGCAAACAAUUCCCCCCCAAAUGUAAUACUUUUCUCUCCAUUAUUUCCACCAAUCAUAUGCAUUUUAUGUGCACCCUUUACUCUAGUAUAUACACAUAUACACAUUACCUAGCUGGAGAAUUGCACUGCAAAAGUCAGAGAAGUGAGAAUGUUGAAGGACGGUUGCAUUUUGGUUCACAUAUUAUUUCAGAACGUGUGGCUUAGGUAGGUCUGUCUUUAAAUGCAAACAGAUUUGAUUUUUUUCACCAUUCCUCAUUAGUGGGAUGAAUGAAUUGCCCCCCAUUCCACUGAUUUAUUGCACCCACAACGCGGGUGGCGCUGUGGGUAAAACCUCAGCGCCUAGGACUUGCCGAUCGCAUGGUCGGUGGUUCGAAUCCCCGCGGUGGGGUGAGCUCCCGUCGUUCGGUCCCAGCUCCUGCCCACCUAGCAGUUCGAAAGCAUCCUUAAGUGCAAGUAGAUAAAUAGGUACCGCUUUAUAGCGGGAAGGUAAAUGGCGUUCCGUGUGCUGCUCUGGUGCCGGCUUGCCAGAGCAACUUCGUCACGCUGGCCACGUGACCCGGAAGUGUCUGCGGACAGUGCUGGCUCCCGGCCUCUUAAGUGAGAUGGGCGCACAACCCUAGAGUCUGUCAAGACUGGCCUGUACGGGCAGGGGUACCUUUACCUUUACCUUAAGUUCACUCUACUAUAUGUUCCAUUUCUAAAUGCCAUUUUAACUGGAAGAAUUUCUACAAUUCAUUCUGGAGCUGGAACAUCCACCAUCUGCAGCAGAUUUCAUUUAUUUAAUUUCAUUUGAUUCAUUUGCAUCUUUUAUCUCAACCCCCCCCCAAAAAAAAUCGCAAGUGGCACAUGGGCAUAUUAACAAAACACUGCAGUAUUAAUGUGACUGUACAUACAACUUCAUUGUAAUUCUUAUUGCAAAGUGCUUUCCUUUUGAGCAUCAGUAAAAACGCCACGCUAGAAGCUUCUUAAUAUGAUGUAUACUCUAGACCUGAGGCAAAAUUUCUCAGAAGACACUUUCAGAGAUUUUUUUCUCAUCCCACGUGCAGGAUUGUCCACAAGGGAAUGUGGCCCUUCACAAAAAAAGAGAAAGGGUGCCUACCCCUUCAAUAUGUGUUACAGACUGAAGUGAUACAAUCCAGACAAGGAAUGGCCACAUUGGUGAAAAUUAGGACAGAAUUAUGGGGCAGUGCAGAAAAAUGUCAAGACAGCAUGGAGCAUCAAUUCAUGCCACCUUUGGGCAUCCAUCUGUUUGCAUCUUAAUGUUCACAUGUAGACAAAGAACUGAAGCAGGUUGAGUUCUAACGUGUAAGGUUUAGAUUCAAUGAUGUAGCACAAGGAUGAGGAACCUCAGGUCUGGGGCCAAAUGCAGCCUCCAGACCCCGCUGCCUGGCUCUUUGGAUUUCCUUCAGACCAAAUCUCCUCCCUAGCUAUUCUCCCUCUCUCCAGGCUAUACCCCUCCCAGGCCACACACAUUCAACUGGCCAAGCUUUGUCCCCUCCCGAAGAGCUUUUGCCUGGCUAGAAUGUGUUCUUCAAAUCUGACCAUGCCUCUUGCUUGCCUGGAUUGAGAAUAAAAAGGAAUGGCCAAGUAUGUGUAGAAACUAGUCUACUAUACAAAGGUAAACUUGACAUUAAUUGCUGCACUGACUCAUGCCUCAGGUCCCACCCACUGCUGGCUUGUGGCAGAAGGGAAUAUGUCCCUCUAACUUAAGGUUACCAGACGUCCCCGUUUCCUUUGGACAGGCCCUGGAUUUACAAAUCAGUCCCCCGACAAAAUAAUAAUAAUAAUAAUAAUAAUAAAUUUUAUUUAUAUCCCGCCCUCCCCAGCCAAAGCCAGGCUCAGGGCGGCUAACAACAAAUAAAUAAUCAAACAAUUAAAUAGUCCAACAUUCUAAAACAUUUCAUUAUAAAAAUUAAUUAAAAUCAAAUUAAUGGCAACCGUUGAGCAAAGUUCUGUGUAGGUUGCCGGAGGUGGGAGUCAGGCUGGGCCCUGACCAAAGGCCUGGUGGAACAACUCUGUCUUGCAGGCCUUGCGGAAAGAUGUCAGGUCCCGCAGGGCCCUAGUCUCUUGUGACAGAGCGUUCCACCAGAUUGGAGCCGCAGCCGAGAAAGCCCUGGCUCUAGUUGAGGCCAGCCUAACCUCUCUGAGGCCUGGGACCUUCAGGAUGUUUUUAUUUGCAGACCGUAGGUUCCUCUGUGGGGCAUACCAGGAGAGGCGGUCCCGUAGGUACGAGGGUCCUAGGCCGUAUAGGGCUUUAAAGGUUAAAACCAGCACCUUAAACCUGAUCCUGUACUCCACCGGGAGCCAGUGCAGCUGGUAUAGUACCGGAUGAAUGUGAUCUCGCAGCGAAGACCCCAUAAGGAGUCUCGCCGCGGCAUUCUGCACCCGCUGGAGUUUCUGGGUCAGUCUCAAGGGCAGCCCCACGUAGAGCGAGUUACAAUAAUCCAGUCUGGAGGUGACCGUCGCGUGGAUCACAGUGGCUAGGUCAGGGCGAGAGAGAUAAGGGGCCAACUGCUUAGCUUGGCGGAGAUCCAUCUAUUUAGUAGAAAAUCCAUCUAUUUAGUAGGAAGUUGAAAAGUGUCCCUGGAUUCAUUGAAAAAAUCUGGUAACCUUACUCUAACUAAAAAAAAGUUUCCUACUCUCUCAUCUAGCACAUUUGAUUCUUGAAACAAGAAGUCCCUGCAACUUGCCAACCCAGUGCAACAGACUUUUCAAUGUGGAAGGCAAACAGCCUUAAUUCUCUCUGAAAUAAUAAAAGGCAUCUGUGAUCUAAGUUGGAAUUGUGCUCAUUCCACAGGAUGGGAAAACUGAGGUUGUGAGAGCUAGCAAUUUGGCUCAUAACCACCCUGUGCACUCAUGGGUGGACAUAGCAAUAUUUGAACCCUGGAACUUCAACAUUUCCUAAGUCUGCUUUAUCUAACCAGAGACUUUGGUGUGAGGUGUGAGGUAUGAGGUGUGUUCUGCUGUUGUUUGAUUAAUAUACCACCCUUCCUCCCAAAGGAGCCCAGGGUGUCAAACAUGCAAGUGAGAAAACAAUUAAAAGAUGUAAAAACAAUUCCAAUACAGAUUCAGAUCAAAACAUCAAAAAACAAUUCCAAUACAGAUGCGGACUGGUAAAGAUCUGGUUGACUUACACUUCUGCUAUCCAAAAUAAUAUAUUUUUAAAAAAUAGUGUUUGCUUAUCCCAAAAUAAAUUAUUUCUCAUCCAGUGUUAAAAAUAAGGAUAUUUAUUCAAGACACUUUGCCCAGCUGUAUGAUUUACGUGUGUAAGUUUUUGAUUCAUUCACUCCCACCCUUAUCUCCCUUCCUUCCUUUACUUACUAUCUGUGUGUCCUUGAUUCCCUCCUGACAUAUCUGUCCUGAUAGGCAGAAUUUCCAUCUGUUUGAUUUAGCUUGACAAGCAAACAGAGAGGACCCGAUAACCAUAAUCUCUGUGCAGUUCAAUCCACCUUUUACUAUGUGAGUGUAGCCACCAUCCUAGACUCCAGAGGAGUUAAGACAAGCUCUUUGCAGAGGGGAACAGGGCUUUUGACUGGUUGGUUGGUUGAUUGUCUUGAAGCAACAAUUCAUGUGUUUCACUUCUCAGUGCUGACUCCAACUCCCAUCAGCCCCAGUUGUCAUGGUGGAACUUCUGGAAAGAAGGGAAGGGAAAAUCUGUCAAUUUUUAUUUCUCUUUCUUACAGUUGCGAAGUUCAGUUUUCUACAGUUCCACAUCAGUUUGUGAUCCUCCUGCAGAUUCAUGAGCUAAAUUUUAGUGAGAAAUUCUACUACACACAUUUUUAUAUGCAGUCUUGCCAAAUAUACACAUAUUUCCAAAAUAAUUUUGCCUAAUAUAAUGCACUUUUCUGUGUUGUUUUCACUAAUCUAUAUGCACACUUUUAGUACAUGUAUUUUGUACACAUUAAUUGCAAUAACUCCCAUGGUUAUAGAUGAUGGGAGUUUGAGUCCAGCAGAGUGUGUGCGCAGGCCACAGGUCCUCUAUGCCAGAGAUGUGUACAUCUCACAUACUUCUCCACCUAAAAAUGCCCGUUUCUCCAACACAACCUUUCUGGAGUUCUCUGUUCAAACGUUGCCCUGAACACACGUAGAUGAUAGGGAAACAUAGGGAAACAGGAAGUAACUUUGUACUGAGUCAGUACCAUUGGUCCUGCUAGCUCAGUAUCAAUCACACUGAUUGGCAUUGGCUCUCUGGGUUGUCAGGCCAGAGCUCUUUUGUAGCCCAACCUGAAGAUUCCAGGGAUUGAACCCGGGAUCUUUUGUAUGCAGUGUGGAUGUUCUACCAAGCUUUUUACACAUUGCCAACAAAGAGGAAAGGCAUCACAGACAAAAAGAGGGUACCGUUUUGUGUGAAAUUUUCAUAAGCUAAUGUAUAUGUAUAGUGGCAACUUUAGAAUAAUGACAAUAAACUGAACUAGAAAUCUAGGAUAUCACACCACAGUGUGGAAGACUGUGACCAGUGUGCCUGCUGAGUCUGCUGUCCAGAUGCUAACUGUGGAUGGGCAACAUCAAGGCCUCUGCGUCUCACGCUUCUUUACCUUUUGUCUGGACUUCCAUGAGACAGCCUUUCAAACUGAAGUGCAUCCUCUCGAGAAUAGGACACUUGGCUAGCUUUGCCUGCGGAAAGGUGAUCAGCAUUUCCACUUUUAGAUUAGUCUAACAAGCUGGCUUGGCCUCCAGGGUUUUGUAGGGCCGGGUCUGUGGCAAUGGGCUUGUGGAAUCAGCUGACAAUGCAAAAGCUUGAGGCUGUGUGCCAGCUGACUUCUUUUGUCCUGCAGCUGCAGUCCUAGGAUUUAUAUGGCCUCGUCUGCCUGAUCUUCUGGGGCCCCAGUAUGUUGGUGGCACAGAAGGCAAGAUUCCAAAGACUGAUUGAGACACAAUCUGGCACAGUAUCCACAGAUUCUCAACCCAUUCAUCCCCUGUUUUGGGGGAACAGUUAUAUCAAGGAUAGCAACUGCUGUGCUUUGCAAAAAAAUGUCAAGCUUUUCUGCUCUCGGUGGGUUUUUCAGGCAGUUCACCAUGGGUGGGGUCAGAUCCAGGCAGAGAGAAAGAGAGAACAGGCCCCAAGGAGAAUGUUUUGGCCUUGAAAUGUCCCAACAUAAAGUGGGGCCUUGAAAUGUACAUAUUUUUGGCAAUCUAUAGUAUCCUAUAAUGCACACCAAGGGCCUAGCUCUGCUCUCAAUUACUCUGGAUUUAUAGGGAGUAGGGGGGAGGGAUGAACCCAUGGAACAAAGGUUAGUGGCGCUUCCCUGAUGCGUGUGCGUGCGUAACUGUAAACUGAAAUAGGCUCGAGAUUUAUGGGGAUCGCCAGGGGAAAUCAGUGUUGUGUGGAGGAGCGCCCUUGUCAGUCGGGCCGGGACCUCUGUUUGCUGUGGAGAAUGAUUUAAUUUGGGUGUGUUGUGCUUUCAGCGGCUGGAAGCGGGAAACGCUUCUCCAAGAUGGGCCUGUUUGCUUUUAUACCUUCACCUAUCGUAUUCCUAUUGGGCUUGUAAAAAAACAAAAAUAUACCCCUCCCCACCACACACAAAAAGACCAGGCAACGGACAAGUUAUACAGUGAGUCCUUUGUGUGUCUGUGAGGAGAAACACACAUGUGAAGCUUUUGCUCUAAGCUUGCUUUCUAACUCUGUUCUAAAUUGCAGUCUCCAGGAUUAUUAUCUCCGCUCCCACUUACAAACAUGUACCACAGGGGAAAUCCAGAAGGAAAGAUGAUGGUUAACAAAAUGAAAAUCACCACCCCUCUCCUUCUCUGGGUUUUUCAGUCAGUGGCUCUACAGGGUAUUUCCAAUAGUGCACCCAUUCCCCCCAAGAUUUCUCAGAUGAAAACAGGGACAUCCUAUUCCAUAAUAAUACAGGGUGAUUCAUAAUGAAGUAUACAGUUUUCAUUUAUAGCGAAUGGAAACUGUAUACUUCAUUAUGAAUCACUAUAUAUAUAUAUAUAUAUAUAUAUAUAUAUAUAUAUCUCCAUACUCUCCAACAUUUCUCUGAUGAAAAUAGGGGCAUAUUAAAAGCAGGACAUUCUGUAAUCAAAUCAGAAACCAGGAUGGCGUCUGCAAAUCCAAGACUGUCCCUGGAAAAUAGGGUCACUUGGAGGGUCUGUCCGCUUGUAGAAAUCUGUUUGGCAGAUCGUGACUAUCUGCCUGUCUAAAGGUCUGUCUUGUGCAUCUACCCUUCCAUCAUGUGGAAGGAGAUUCUUAAGCAUGUGCAGAAAAUAGGGGGUGGGGGCUGACAACAACCCCCACCAAAGCUACCACUUAAAAAUGAUUUGAAAAUCCAAGAUAAGGGGUGUUUAAUGCAACAUGGAAUCUGUGUACAGAAAUAUCUGACCUGUGCACUUGUACAGGAAUUCACAUAUAAUGUGUAAGCCUUGUUCAGAUGUUACACUGAACACUGGCACAAGCUCUCUCUACACAUGUGCAAGGGAACACUUGUUGAUUUGUGUAGCUCAAUUGUUGUGUUCACAAUCUAUACACCAAUUGAAUAUUACAUGAAACUGAACUAGUGAGCAGUGAUUUAUGUACAUAGAUUAUAUACUCAUUUAAUGUAAUGUGUGAACCCUCCUAACAGUUGGCUGUACAGAUGAAUAAGUGUGCAGGCAUUCAAACUUGUACGUGUGUAGAGACAACUUGUACCUGUGUUGAGUUUAACAUGAACAACUGUCCAGAUAUCUCACCCCAAGUAUUGGAGAUAGAUGAAUCAGCCCAUUUCUAUUUGGGGUUAGUUUCACAUGUACUCAAUCAUAGAUCUGUUCCAAUGCAUUUUUGUAGGGUUUUAAAAUUCACAUUUAAAUUGUACACACUUUCCCCUAACGUAUGCCUUCAGUAUACACAAUAUACUUUGUAUGCCUUUCCCCCCAUUAAAUACAUGGGGUUGCAUCCAACUAAGUUCUGCACAGAGUAGACCCACAAAAACUAUUGGAUCCAACUUAAUCAUGCCAAUUAAUUUCAGUAGCACUUGGUUGGAAAAGACCCAUAUUUUAUACACAUUUUAAAAAUCAAACCUUAAUUGCACUUGAGUAAUCCAGUUGAAAGAUGUGUUCUAAUUAGCAUGCAAGUCUGUGACCAGCAAAUUAGGUAGGUUGGCUUUAAAAUGUGGACUGAACUUAGAUAUACAAUACUCUGAUAGGGGAGGCCUGUGAUCUGUCAUCUGGGCAGCCCAGAACCUCCAUACACAUUUCUCAGGUUUAUGUCCCCAGAAGGUCACUUUGGUGCUACUAAUACACUGGUUUGACUUCACCCCAAGAGUUGCACUCCAUUGUUGCUUGAGACAGAUGGAUGCCAACAAAACUCCUUAGUGUCAGGCUCACAGAUUCACAAUGGAAAGCUAUUUGGACUGAGUUACGCUUAGAGUCCACCUCUGUGAAUAUACGCAAAGCAGAUUUAAAACUAUUUCAUAGGUGGCAUUUCUGCCACCUCUCCUUUGUGUUGGAGAAGCUGUCCUAUGAAAGGCAGCCUGUAUCAUUUAUGGUGAUCCUGCGAAAAAGCUUUUAAUUUCUGGAGAGCAGUUUUUGCUACUGUAAGCAAGAUUAUGUAACAGUCUGUGGUAUCUGACUCCACUCUAGCACUCUUCUAUAUCUUCAGAGAGGGAAUGCGUGACUUCAUAAAGAUUUGGUUCUAAAACUGUUGCUGGCUGCUAAGCUCAAAGUAGCCUCCAACUGGAAAGAUCCCAUAAAUCUCUCCAUAAACGCAUGGCAUGCUAGGAUCUGGUAAUUAGUUUUAGAUGAAAAGCCGACUCAGCGAUUUAGAGAAACUUGGGGUGAAAUUAAAACUGACAAAUUUGCAUCAAUAUGGUUUCAGUCACUAAUAUAUGCAAACGCAAAAGACAAAAACUUUCACUCACCUGUCUCCCAAUUUUCUUUUUGGCACGAUCCUUUUACCCCAAACCAAUAACUGCAAUAGCACAUGCCUUUCAACAGUCAGAUCUCUAUGUAUUUCCUGAUUUGGCAUAUUCUUCCUUAACUGUUUUACAUUUGUUCUAUUACAUUGUUAUUUUUUGAAAAAUUCAAUAAAAAUCCAUUUUAAAAAUGUGGGCAGAACAAAUUCCUCCACAAUUCCAACCAGGGACAGAGCCGAUUUUUCUAGUUGCUACUAUAUCACUUUUGGGGACAUGAUAAAGAUGCUUUAAAAAAUGUCCAGAAACAUUGUGCUAGAGAUGCAGCUUUUCUAGUUCCAUAGUUGGAUGGGACCCCAAAGAAUCAUCUAGUCCAACCCCUGCACUUGAAAGGAGUGGCAAAGAUCAGCAGCUUACCUAAUGGGCAGCUAGAAUUAAGAAGUUUAACCUUGAUUCAAUAAUAAAAUCAUGUAAAGGUAAAGGGACCCCUGACCAUUAGAUCCAGUCGUGGCCGACUCUGGGGUUGGGGUGCUCAUCUUGCUCUAUAGGCCGAGGGAGCUGGCAUACAGCUUCCGGGUCAUGUGGCCAGCAUGACUAAGCCGCUUCUGGCGAACCAGAGCAGCCCACGGAAACGCCGUUUACCUUCCUGCCAGAGCGGUACCUAUUUAUCUACUUGCACUUUGACGUGCUUUCGUUCUGCUAGGUUGGCAGGAGCAGGGACCGAGCAAUGGGAGCUCACCCCGUCGCGGGGAUUCGAACUGCCGACCUUCUGAUCGGCAAGUCCUAGGCUCUGUGGUUUAACCCACAGCGCCACCCGCAUCCCCAAUAAAAUCAUAUAGCAUCCAGCAAAAUGCACUAUAAUUGCUACAAUGGACACAAAAAUAUAAAGUGGUCCACCAAGACCCUAAACAAUUUUCAAGUGUAAACCACUUGUGGAGGGAGGGAGGACACUGAGCUGGGGCAUUCCAUGUUGCCUCAGCGUUAUAGUUUCCAAACUGUGCUGUAAGGAACUUGGACUUUCUUUGGAAUAUUAGCUGUGGUAGGGCUGUAGCUGCUGGAGCCCACAGAGUGCCCAGAGCUGCUCCUCUACCUUGUUUGUGGACAAUUUUUUUAUGACCUCCCAAAAAAUGUUCUUUGAUUAAAAGCUCAACAACUUUUGGUGAGCCACUGAUCAGAUCUUCACUUCAUGAAAUAUGGCAACCCGACUUCUCAUUCCCAGCCUGUUAUGCGAAUCUAUAGGUUCUUCUUUGCCCCUUGUUUUCAUUUACUAGCCUCUCACCCUGGUGUUCAUUUGUCAUUGGUCCUUCUUUUGCCGUCUCAGAAGAUCAUACAGGAAAAAAGAGGGGGAUAUUUUGUGGGAAGGCACAUUUGUAAAGAAAAGAAAAGACCAAAACCCUGCAGAGCUACCCUAAUAUUAUUCUGAAAAAGCCACUUUUAAUAGCAAACAUUGUUUGCAUUUUCACUACCCUUGCCCAAACCAGCCAUGUCCCAUAGCAACACAGCCACAACUCCCGACGUACACCCAGCUCAGUUGCUCUGGUUUCCUUUCCAUGCUACACUGCAUAAGAUUGCAGCGCAUACCUAAGAAAACUCAAAGCUGCCUUAUGUUGAGUCAGAGAGGGGUCUUCCCCAGUCCUGCUGAGAGUCUUUAACGAGAGACUGAAACUGUCUCAUGAUAUUUAUUUAAAUAUUUAUUAGAAAAUAUAAGCAAGGUGGUGUGCAACUAGGAAUGCAAGACGGAAUUGUUUUGCAUUCUGCCCUGCGUUCAUCUCAUUCAUGUCAUGUAUAUAAAAAUAAAUUUUGAUGAUAUGUGAAGGAGCAGAGUAGCUUACAGCUAGGGAGCUAAGUAACUCUUCUAGGUGAUUGAUAGCUUCUUUGUAAAGACUAUACGUACAAUGUCCAGACUCUUUAUAUUCAGAAGAACUUUACUUUCAUAAACAUAUAACUGAUAAUAAUAUAUUUACAUUCAAACAUGGGUACGUUCUCACUUGAAUUGUAGAUGGAAGACUUCUUCCUUAGACUUAUAAAUAAAAGCUGUGGUGAGACUUGCACCAGAGUUUUACCUCACUCAGGCCUUACAGCUUCUUAUAAGAGGUUUUUACUUUCGCCUCAGCAGUAUUUUCUCUGUUCCUUACAGAGAGCUCCUGCACAGGUUUUUCCCAAUUAAUGUUUAGGGAUCUUCCUCUGUAUGUUUCACUUCAGACAGAUCACACUGACACAACACUGCCCUCAGCAGUAUCCAGAGAAGCCUCUCAGCAGCCAUUCUCUCCCCCCCCCUCCACACACAGAGAGAGGACAGAGAGCAAUUAAAAACAACAGUUACUGGAAUAACAGUCACAACAGAAUGAAAUGCCUCUCUCAUGUAACUCACAGUCAGAUGAGAGCUACUACCAGAGGGGGGCGGAUACAUGUUCACAUAAGUAAACAUUCCCAUUUUAGGAAAUUAAAUAAUUAUCCUUAACAAUUCAUAGAAUUGUUGAGUUGGAAGGGAUCCCAAGGGUCAUCUAGCUGAACCCCCUGCACUGCAGGGAUCAUAAUUAAUCAUCUUAAAAACCCACAGUGAAGCUCUUACUGUCAUAAAGUUCUUCAUAAUGCUUAAUAGGAAUCUCCUUUCUUGUCACUUGAAUCUGUUGAUUUGGGUCCUACCUUCUGGAGCAGGAGAAAACAAGGCUUGCUCCAUCUUCCAUGUCACAGCCCUUCAGUCGUUUGAAGAUGGCUAUCUUAUUGCCUCUCAGUUUUCUAUUCUCCAGGUUACUCAACACUGUUUCCUUUCGACUGCAAUUCAUCUAAUGUCAAAAAAGAAUGUCAGUCACUUUGCUGUCUGCUGUGACAAAUUUAGGUCACUUACGUGAUUAAAUAUGUAAGUUAUGUAAAUUACAUUGUCAUUAUGCUAUUCCAUCCUAUAAUUACAAUGCAAAGGAAACACAAUGCACAUGGGAGGGGGGCUGCAAUCAAUUACGUAUCAUUUGCAAAGUGAAAGCAAAAGUGAGUACCAAUGGUAUACACUGGCUUGAUUUCCAUUCUGGAAAUGGGAGGAAUAACCAAAAAAAGAAGGGAAUUUCCACUUUUUGUUUGGAAUUAUCCACCAUCCCCAUGUGCAUCAUAAAACACACAAUGCAACAAUAACAUAAAUGGACAAAAAAAUAUAAACAACUGCCUGGGCAGUACAAUUUUUAACAGGUGUCAAAAAGAAGGCAGAGUGACUCCUGCCCAACUUCUGUUGAAGGUGAGAGCAGUUCGAUCUUCAAACGGAUGAUCUCAGAAGGUCAUGGACGCUCCUUCACUGGUUGGUUUUAAAUAAUGGUUGGAUGGGCAUUUUCCAGGGGUUCUUUAGUUGAGUUUGCCCUCAACCAGCCAACAUCUACCUGCCUACUCACUUGAAUACAAUCUAUGGGUGGAGACUGGCUGUCAGCCUCCUGAGUCUCAGUAUUGACUUUGCAGAACUUAUCAGAGGGAAAGAUGGGGACAAAAUAAGAAUUAGUUCUCGCUGCAUAUCAUUGGCUCCAGCUCUGCCAAUCAUUUGCUCUGGUUCCUCCUACUGUUAGCCUCCUUUCCUUCCGCCCCACCAAGUCCCAGUGGGCAUGAGCCUCCAUUGUCUUUAACUCUUUCUUGAUAAACUUAGUUUAUCCUCAAGCAGGAAACAGUGGACUUUCUGGCCCAUGCAACACAUUUGAUUACCCAGAAAAGCAAGCUUUGGACCACAGGGUGAGUGAGGAGCAUCAGUUUAACUUUGGGAGUCAGGAAUGGUCUGAAAAGUGUCCCCACCACUCUCAACAAACCCACACCUGCCUACUUUUUCUUACAGCUAGUCCUACCUGCCAGCUUCCUCCUGCUUAGACUCAGUGUUGCACUUUAGGAACUAAGGAAGAGAAAGGUGUAGACAAGGCUAGAAUUGUCUUCACCUAUCAUUGUAUUUGGUUCCUCCUACCAUAGAGGAACUCAAGCACCACCUAGUAUUGGCCCCCUGCCUAAUGCUGUACCGGUUCCAAAGUGACCAUGGAAAGUCCACUCACAACUGUUUUAUAUGGAGCUGCUGUUUUUUGUGUGGAAAAGGUGGGUCUUGAAUGCACUUUCUAUUGGAGGGGAUUAUUUAGGGCCAUUGUCAAUUGCAGUAACUCUUUUGCUCAUAGGCCAUAAGCUUCCCUGUGUGACCCUUGAGGCCACUUUACUGGUGUUAGCAAUUAUGCAGGUUGAAUCUUUGCUUUGUUUACAUUGACAUUUUGAAUUAUUUAAGGGUCUCGUGGAAGAAUGUGAUGGGGAAGAAGGAAGGGAGGGAAAUUGAGAGGCUAAGUUAUACCACACACACACACACACACACACACACACACACACACACCACAUACAUAUAUACACAUGCACACACACACAAACAAACCACAAUGGGUUCAAAGUCAUCCGAGGAAAUCUCUACCGAACUUGGGAAAGUGUUUGGGUGGAUCCUCCUCGACUUUAUCCAAUUGCAUGGAACAUGGGAAUACUUAACCCAAAUCUGUCUCUUUUAAUUAUUUUCCUCUGGACAGAUAAAAGCUUUCUAUAGGUUCCUGUAGAAUAUUUGCGCUUUCAAGCGUUCCGCCGUGACUUUGAUACUAAGCGAUUAAAGCAUGUGAGGAGAAAGAACACAGCCCCAACCUUUAACUCCUUGUUCAUGGGCCUCUGACUGCCGCUUUGAUUGUUGACCUAAAUUCCCCUUUCAUAACUAAGUCCUGUCACCUUUGGUUGUAUUUUUCCAGCAAAGUGGGCAGUGACAACUUUCCAAAGUUAUGGGGAUAGUCCAUCCCCCACUCUAACUUUUUCUUCCCAAGAAUGCCUCCCCACUAAUCUCGCCUCUCCACAACGCUCUUUGUAUUUCCAUCACCGCCCCUCCUUUGGUUCACUCUUAAAGGGUGAUCUCCUAGCACAGUAACAAAACCAAUAACUUGAUGAAAAGUUUUAUCAAAGAUGAGGAUUGCACCUGAAGGUGAAACAACAACAACAACAACAACAAAAAUUUUAUUAUUUAUACCCUGUCCAUCUGGCUGGGUUGCCCCAGCCAUUCUGGGUGGCUUCCAACACAUAUAAAAACAUAAUAAAACAUCAAACAUUAAAAACUUCCUUAUACAGUACUGCCUUCAGAUGUCUUCUAUAAGUUGUGUAGUUCUUUAUUUCUUUGACAUCUGAUGGGAGGGCGUUCCACAGGGCAGGUGCCACUACCGAGAAGGCCUUCUGCCUGGUUCCCUGUAACCUCACUUCUCACAGUGAGGGAACCGCCAGAACGCCCUCUGAGUUGGACCUCAGUGUCCAGACUGAACAAUGAGGGUGGAGAUGCCAUUUAGGGCUUCAAAAGUUAGCAUCAACAAUUUGAACUGUGCUCAGAAAAGUACUGAGAGCCAGUGUAGAUCCUUUAAGGCCACUGUUAUAUGAUCCCGGCAUCUGCUCCCAGUCACCAGUCUAGCUGCCACAUUCUGGAUUAGUUAUAGUUUCCGAAUCACCUUCAAAGGUAGCCCCACAUAAAGUGCACUGCAGUAGUCCAAGCAGGGGAUAACUAGAGCAUGUACUACACUGAUGAGACAGUGCGCGGGCAAGUAUGGUCCCAGCUAGCAUACCAGAUGGAGAUAGUAGGCAGCCGCCCUGGACACAGAAUUAACUUGCACCUCCAUGGACAACUGUGAGUUCACAAUACCUCCAUGCUGCGCACCUGGUCUUUCAGAUGUGCAGUUACCCCAUUCAGGACCAGGGAGACCCCCAUACUCACCUACCCCCUGUCCCUCAGAAACUGUACUUCUGUUUUCUCAGGAUUCAACCUCAAUCCGUUCACCAUCCUCCCCCCUCCAAGUGCCUCCAGACACUCACACAAGAUCUUCACCGCCUUCUGGUUCUGAUUUAAAAGAGAGGUAGAGCUGGGUAUCAUCCACAUAAUGUUGAACACCCAGUCCAAACCCCCUGAUGAUCUCUCCCAGCGGCUUUAUAUAGAUGUUGAAAAGCAGGGGGGAGAAGACGGAACCCCGAGGCACCCCACAAGUGAGAGCCCAGGGGUCUGAACACUCAUCCCCCAACACCACUUUCUGGACACGGCCCAGGAGUAAGGUGUGGAACCAUUGCAUAACAGUGCCCCCAGCUCCCAACCCCCCAGAUGGUCCAGAAGGGUACCAUGGUUGAUGGUAUCAAAAGUCACUGAGAGAUCCAGCAGAACCAGGAAACAACUUUCAACUCAGUCCCUAGCCCACCAGAGAUCUACAACCAGUGCAACCAAGACAAUUUCAGUCCCAUGAUAGGUCCUGAAUCCUGACUGGAAGGUAUCCAAAUAGUCCACAUCCUCAGGACAUGCCUGGAGUUUUUCAGCAACCACCUGUCCAAUUACUUUGCUCAACCCCAGUAAUAGAUUAUUUGAGACUGGGCAAUAAUUGGCCAUAAUGGCCAGGUCUAAAGAUUUUUUUAAAGCAGUUUAAUAACUGCUUCUUUAAGGGGGUCCAGGAAGACUCGCUUACAGAGGGAAGCAUUCACCACCCCAGAGAGCACAUUGCCCAGCCCAACUUGGCUCACUUUUAUGAGUCAGAAUGGACAAGGAUCAAGCAGACAGGUGGUCAGUUUCACUCAUCCAAGCAGCCUAUCCACAUCCUCCGAGGUAACAGGUUAAUACUGAUCCCACACAACUUGACUAGACAGAGCUGUGGCACUCUCCUGCCCUAGCCCUACCAUACCUCUUUCCAAAUUUGAUCGAUUUUAUCUGCAAAAAACUUUGCAAGGAGAUCUUUGAAUCCUUACCAGAACCUGAUGGCAAAGGUGGUUCUGUUAGACUAUGAACCACCUGAAAGAGUCUCCUGGUACUGUUUUCCACAGAUGCCAUAGAGGCAGUUUUUCGCCCUUGCUAUAGCCACUUGGUAAACUUGACAUUGAGCUCUAUCCCAUGUUCGGUCUGAUUUGGAAUGGGUUUUUCACCACUGGUGCUCUAGCCAUAACAGUGAUUGUUUCAUCACCCUCAGCUCCAGGGGAAACCACUCUCAGCUCCAGGGGCCAUCUGAGCUCCAUGCAAUCAGAGAGGAUGCUUCAGAGCCAGAUAGUUGAUAUCCCUGGUCAAUGCCACAUUCCAACGGGCUUCCAGGAAAUCAGCUGAGAGGCCAUCAACAUGGGAUAAUGUAUCCCCUACCAUUUGGACCAUUCAAAUUAGUCCCAACUCCCUGCAGAGGGGAAGGGUUGCACAGAAGUCUAGUUGCACCAGGAAGUGAUCUGACCAUGGCACUUCUUUUGUUCCACUGGAACUUAGUGUCAGACCACCCAUGUGCACAGAGGUAAACACCAUGUCUAAGGCAUGUCCACAGCUAUGAGUAGGGCCAGGUUUAUUCAGGGACAGCCCCAUGCAGGCCAUGCUUUUCACAAAGUCCCAAGCAGCCCCUUGUAAGGUUGUGUUGGCAUCAAUGUUAAAAUCACCUAGGACCACCAGACUAGGUGUCUCUAGGAGAACAUCCACCACGACCUGAAGCAGCUCGGGCAGGUAAUCCUUGAUGCAGAUGGAAGUUCGGUACACCAGUGGGAAUCCUGUACUGCCCCUAAAAGAAAGUUAUACUAAGUACAUGAUCUAAUAACAUCAAAAAGAACCCAUAUAUUUAGCUCAAUUUAUCUGUUUUAAUAUGUGUAGAAAACAUAUACAUCAUUAUUCACAGAAUGGUCUAACAUAUAUAUUUAAAUUUUAAGUAGGGGGUGGGUUACAUAUAAAUAACUGAUGUCUCAGGAUAUAAUUUUUUGAUUUAAAAAUAUCAUUAAACACCACAAGCAACAAAUAAAACCACACAAAGUUUUUUCAGUUACAAGCAUGUACAAAGCAAAACAUAGUGCAGAAGCAAGAAAAGUAUUCAUCAAUGUGAUGUUGUAAACACUCCGCUCUCAUGCAUGUGAAGGUUCUUAUCACAGGAAUCCUGUGCCUCAUGCUUUACUCCUCUUACGGGGACCUCGGGGCCUCUCUGCACAGGGGUUUGAGAGACUGGGGGUGGAGAGUUUGCUGUCCCUUAUUUAUGAAGGAAUAGAACAGAAACCAAGCCUCCUUAGACCUAUCCCUUUUUGAGACUCCCCUUAUAACUCUCUUUCUCUCCAGAAAGUAAUCUGAGAGAGUUGUGUCCCAAAUAUAAUUAAUCCAGGUCUCCAUUUGAGGCUCUGAUUUGGCUUUCCAGUGACAAACAACAGCCAGCUGCUGCUAACAACAACAAAAACUAAGUCCCUGUGUUUAAUUCUUGAGUUUGGGUCACUUUCCAGCCAUAAUAGAGCUAAGGAUAGGUUAGAUAUCAAUUCCUGGCCUGUGAUGGAAGAGAUACAAUUUCAGUGUGAAUCACUUAUAUGAUUAAUAAAUGGCCACCAGACAGUUUCAAAAUCCUCAAGAGCAGCUUUACCUGUUUGUACCUUUAAAUGAUGUGCUAAUUCCCACCCUACCCUCAAUAAACGCUUUUUGCACCAUGCCUCUCAAGUCAGAUUAUGUGCAUCCUUCCGGUUGUGGGUGCUAACCAAAAAUGCAAUAAUGAAUCAGAGCCUUUGUGUGUAAAUAACAUGUUUGAUCAGAAAAUAUGGAAAGAGGACACAACCCGGGAGUGGGACCUCAAUCUCUGAAAUAAUACCAAUUUCUCCUUGCCAAAGGUGUAGAGGAGGGGGCCAUGGCCCAGGGUGCACAUUUUGGGGGGGGCAAUCAGGUGCCCCCAUGACAGGCACGGAGCUCUGGCAGCUGAGGCGUGGCAGCAGACAGGUUGGUUUAGUGGUCAGGUGGAUGGAGGCAGCGGGCAGAGAGCUUGUUGGAGGUGGGCUCUGUUCACCCACCAUAUGAGCUCUGCACACACACCCUUGGCAUUCACCCCUACCCCAGCUGUCCAGUCCACUGGGGGGGGGGUGCAACACUUGCCCCAUCCUGGGUUCCAGCAACCCAUGCUAUGCCACUGCUCCUUGGACCAGUUUCCGGAAUUUCUGCUUCUUUAAGGUGGCUCCAAUCCACCUUUUCAGCAGCCAAGACUGCUGCUGCUGCUGCAGCAAGAAGCAUGUCGGGGUGCAGCUGCUGUCACAGGGCCUAAUGAGGGGCCUCUUGAGGCUCAGGAGCUUAAAUAAGCACAGGGGAAGCAAUUAAAUGGAAUGUGAAAAGUGGCUUCGUGGAGUGUGAAAGAGGAGCAGACGGGCUGUAGCUCAGCAGCAGAGAAUUUGCCUUGCAUGCAGAAAGUCCCAAAUUCAAUUCCCUGGCAUCUCAAGGCAAGGCUAGGAGAGCCUCUGCAUGAAAACCUGGAUGAAAAACCCCACCCACUGCAGUAAAGUGGGGCCACGCUGCGCUGCCAGCCUGGGCAUGCACUGGGGAGCCUGGCUGGCCAACUGCUUUGAAGGGUGCGUUCACAGUGCCCAGCAAGCCCAGCACUGCUUUGUGAGAUUUGCAAAAGCAGUGAGGGGCUGGCAGGCCAGAUGCCUGUUGCGUCCUUCUCAAGCCACCCUCCAGUGGCCACAUCCAGUGCUAGAUUACCAAAUAGGCAGAGUAGAUACCGUCCUAUGGGCCCCACAUCUUUUAGGGGCCCUGCAAGAACAGGUCAAAAUAAUGGUGAUUUGAUCUUGAAAGAAAACAACAAAAAUGUAUUAGAGAUAAUUUUUGAGGUGUGUGUGCGAGAUUUCAAUUGCCUAGGAGCCCCACAGGGUUUAAUCUCACACUGGCCAAGUUAUCCCUAAAUCCCUCAUAUCUCUCAUUGAGAUCCCUGGAGGUAGUCCUGGCACUAAGAAAUCAUAGCGCUGGAAGGGGCCCAAUUAUGGCUCUGAUAGAACUUACGAAACUAUGAUUGUACUGCCUGGAAAGGACAUGUGGAGCUGGGGGACCUGAUCCUGUACCUAGCACUAAGCCUCAAUAGAUAGCGAGUAGCCGCACUUGUCUGGUCCUCCAUUGCAGUUUGGUUUUGAGCUUAUUCUCCCUUAGAGCCCAUGGACCACAGAGCAUAUAAUGCACCACUGCUACAGAGCAGCCCCACUGCCCUGCUUUACAGAGGUCUACCUAGUAUAUGAAGGGCUCUCCGGUCAAUAUAAAGGACACUAAGAAGGGAGAGAGCAAUGCAGGGUGGGGGGUGUUCAUCAUUGAAUUUCCUCAACAGUUAGCACCUGGGCAACUGACUUGAGUGAGCAAGCCAGGCAGCUGAUUGCAGUUUUUCAUCUAGUCCAACCCCGCUGCAAUGCAGGAACCAUGGGCUUUUGUGGUGGUUUUUUGUUUUGUUGGUUUGGUGAUAUGUUAAAAAGGUAAAGGUAAAGGUACCCCUGCCCGUACAGGCCAGUCUUGACAGGCUCUAGGGUUGUGCGCUCAUCUCACUCUAGAGGCCGGGAGCCAGCGCUGUCUGCAGACACUUCCGGGUCACCUGGAGUCAAGAAGGACACUGACAAACUGGAACGUGUCCAGAGGAGGGCAACCAAAAUGGUCAAAGGCCUGGAAACGAUGCCUUAUGAGGAACGGCUAUGGGAGCUGGGCAUGUUUAGCCUGGAGAAGAGGAGGUUAAGGGUGAUAUGAUAGCCAUGUUCAAAUAUAUAAAAGGAUGUCACAUAGAGGAGGGAGAAAGGUUGUUUUCUGCUGCUCCAGAGAAGCGGACACGGAGCAAUGGAUCCAAACUACAAGAAAGAAGAUUCCACCUAAACAUUAGGAAGAACUUCCUGACAGUAAGAGCUGUUCGACAGUGGAAUUUGCUGCCAAGGAGUGUGGUGGAGUCUCCUUCUUUGGAGGUCUUUAAGCAGAGGCUUGACAACCAUAUGUCAGGAGUGCUCUGAUGGUGUUUCCUGCUUGGCAGGGGGUUGGACUCGAUGGCCCUUGUGGUCUCUUCCAACUCUAUGAUUCUAUGAUUCUAUUCUAUGAUUCUACGUGGCCAGCGUGACGAAGCUGCUCUGGUGAACCGGCACCAGAGCAGCACACGUUUACCUUCCUGCCGGAGCGGUACCUAUUUAUCUACUUGCACUUAAUGGUGCUUUCGAACUGCUAGGUGGGCAGGAGCUGGGACCGAACGACGGGAGCUCACCCCGCCGCGGGGAUUCGAACCGCCGACCAUGCGAUCGGCAAGUCCUAGGCGCUGAGGUUUUACCCACAGCGCCACCCGCGUCCCUCUUUUCAACAUUUUGGUGAUAUGUUAUGUUACCCUAAAAGUACAUUGGGAAAUGCCCCUGAGUGGUAAGAAUGGAAGCAGUGGGCUCAGGUCUCCUUCCUGGUAUGCCCCUUUUAUACUUCUCUACCCACCCCAGGCUUGAACAUGACUGGGGAUGAUGAGAUCUCUUCUUCCCCCUCCUCUUUCUUACCUCCCCCACUUUAUGUUGCACAUUUUUUGUUAUCUAGUGUGGAAAACAAAUUAUGAGAUCAAUACCAGCACCCCAAAUGCACACACAAACCCACACACCACCACCACCACUGGGUUGAUCUUGGGCUAAUUUUGGCCCUUUGAAACUGGAAAUUAAAAACCACAAAAUUCUUCUAGAACAUAAUCCAAAGGAUCUACAAGUUGUGAAGCUGGUGGAAAAGAAAUUCAAUUCAGUUCACAUGCAAAGGCAAACCUACCUCAUUCAUACUUUCUGGAACAAUACAUGAACCACAAUGCGGCCAGCCUUUGAAAUUUGCACUGCUCUGAAUUUUGGAAUGCAGUUUUCCAGCCCAGCAAUGUGUACAAAAAUGCAUAUGCUAGAUUAAAGUGUGCUGUGCGUACACAUUCAUACAGCAACAUAUCAACAUAAAAACAACAACAUAAAAAUGUCUAAUAAGUUUGGGGAAAUUGCCUAUUAAGAUAAAUUUGGACUAAAAUGCUGAUAAAUUUCCAUGAGGAUUUUUUUUUUUUUUUAAUGGCAAACUAAUGUGGAAAUGUAAAGAACAGAACUUAAGUCUGUAAGGAAAGAUGGAGUCUGAGAGAAACUGAAAUUGUCAGCGAGAAGGCAACUGGUGUAUGUCGAACCCUGCAGUUUUUUCAUUUUUGUAGCUUCAGUAACCUUCCCAUGCCUGAUACACACUAUGGGUUAUAUUCAGUGUCAGUUCUACUCAGAGGAGACCCACAGAAAGUAAUGUACAUUACUAACUUAGGGCCAUUCAUUUAAAGUAGUCUUCUCUGAGUCAAAAUUAAUUCAACUCUAUCGAAAUUAAUGGGUUGUAUACUGCCAAGUUCAACUCAGAGUAUAACAAUUUAAAUGAGUGCACCUAAGUUAGCAAUGUCCAUCAGUGUCAGUGAUCUACUCUGAGUAGGACUAAAUUGGAUACAGCCCAUCAGUUUCAGUGGGCUGUAUCCAACUACUCAGAGUAGACCCAUUAAAAAUAAUGGAACUAAGUUAGCCUUGUUCAUUAUUUGCAGUGGGUGUACUCCGAGUCGGAUACAGUGGAUUGGAUAACAUUUUGGAAUAUAUGCAGGUAUGCAUUUUUAAAAAAGUAAUAAAAUAGCAAUCCAAAGAGUCUACCCCAGGGGUCAGCAAACUUUUUCAGCAGGGGGCCAGUCCACUGUCCCUCAGACCUUGUGGGGGGCUGGACUAUAUUUUGAAGGGGGUGGGUGAAUGAUGCAAGAGCACCACCAGCCCCGGUGGCUGCUUACCUGUGCCUUGCGAGCAGCAGGGGCUGGCAGCGGCAGCAGAGGGAUGAUGAGCGGUGCGCAAAAGGGCUCUGGAGAGGGGCUGCUUAAAAUGGCGGCCACUCGAGCGCUGCUGCUGCUGGCACCGACAAAGCCCAGCCCCCUUCCUCCUCUAGGCAGGGCAGGGAGAAGCCCAGAGGAGGGAGGGAGCAGGCGCUGCCACCACUGCCGCCGUGUGAGGGAGAGGGAAAGAACGUGCACGCUGGCAAUCCACGCGACAAUUCCCAGACUAUCCAUGGGCCCGAUCCAGAAGGCAAUUGGGCCUGAUCCGGCCCAUGGACCUUAGUUUGCCUAUCCAUGAUCUGCUACUUUGAAUAGGACCAGUAUUGGAUACAAGCCUUAGCUUUAAUUCAGAUACCAGGACAAAGCCGCUUAUCUGUCUCCCCUCCCCUCCUUGCACCAUACUGAUGACCAGCAGUCACAGUGUUCAGCUCCAAUCUGGUCUUGAGUUGUGAUUUAGCUUUGUUGUUUGUUAAAGUGUAUGCACUUGACAGAGGAAUAAGUACACUACCUAGCUGGCACCUCCCUUGCAAAGGCAAGAAGGGAAGGGACAAGAAAGAGCCCCUAGCAAAAAUAACACUUCACAGAGCUGGUCUGGGAAUGGGGGGGAGGGAGGAAUUACUCUUCUGAUAACCUUUGCUCAGCUGAUGGUCUCCGAGUCCACAAUUGUUGAUAGAGAGGGAUUGAGUGAUUAUGCUGAGAACACAAAGGGGCAGUGGGCUUCAGUUAAGGGAAGGAUAGGGUGCAGAGGUGAGGGCUUAGUUGAGGGUGGGAGAGGGGUGGAAGAAGGAGAGCAUGAGCCAGUUUAAGAAGAACCCUGCAGGAUUAAUCCAAAGACCCAUCUAAUCCAGUAUCCUGUUCUCACAGUGGCCAACUCAGUCUCCUAUGAAAAGCCUGCACCAGGACCUGAAUGCAAUCACCCUUUCUUUGCUUUUGUUCCCCAUUCAACUGUUAUUCAGAAGGACAUUGACUCUGAUUCUGGAGGUUAGAUACAGUCAUAAUGGCUUGUAGCUGCCAAGAGACAUAGCCAUUAAUUUGUAAAUGUGGCACUAGUCUACCUUACACUGCCUUUUGAAGCAGAGAAUCUGUCUGUCUGGUGGGGAGAAUGAAGGGUAAGCUGUGCACUUUCAGUUUGUAUCUAUGCACAUGGGUUUGCAUAUGAUAUCCAUAGGGUUGCCAUAUUUCAAAAAGUGAAAAUCCAGACAUUUAAGAAAUUUCCACCUGGACACUCCAUCUGACUGCCAUAUUCCGGCUAUGUUCAGGAAAUUCUGGACAUAUGACAACCCUAAUAUCCAUGUCUUGUGGCUUUCUAGCAGAUGUGUGCAUUGAUAUUUUGAUUUGCUUGCCAGGCAUUAUCUGGAGCCAACAACUCCAUCCACUUUCCUCUCAUUCAUUUGUACACUAGGAACUUAGGAACCCCUCUUAUACUGAGUCACACCAUUGGUUCAACUAGCUUCAUAUUGCCUAUACUGACUGGCAGAGACUUUCCAGGAUUUCAAGCAAGGAGCACCUCCCAGUCUUACCUGGGGAUGCUAGGGAUUGAAACUGGGGCUUUGACAUGCUCUAACCCCUGAACCACAGUCCCUUCUCUCUUGCAUUUGGUUGCUCUGUAGCUGGUAUUCAUUGACAUGCUUCUUCUGAUACUAGAGGUAAUAUAUGACUAUUAUAACUAGAAGGCCACUAAGAGUUUUAUCCUCCGUGAGUUUGCCUAAUAUGGUUUUGAGAUUUGGGUGGAUUGGUGCAGAAAUCCCAUCUACCUUGAGUUGGUGUGCCCUCUGUAAGACAUUUACACCAAUUCCUUCCAAAAUUGUACUGCACCAGCUGUUUAUUGUGAAAAGAAACCCCAGAUUUUCUUUCUGUUGCUAUCUGAUUACUUCUGAUGCAAUGUGGUUUCAUCUGUUAAAGGAACUUAGAUAAGCAUACUUCUGUGGUACAGCCUUUUUUUUUAAGGUUUAGCAACCAUGGACUGUUCCUUCUCAAUCCGCCCCCCCUCCAUGAACUCAGGGGAUUUUAAUUUUGUGUGGGUGCUAAGAAUUAACAAAUGCAUGUGUUUUGUGAGGAUUUGGUCCAAACUAGUGACGUCAAGCUUACAGUUCAAGUGAAGUUAAUGAGAUUUCUUACUGUAAUUUCACCACUAAGCAAUUGCAAAGGAUUUCUGGCCCCUAGACAAAGAAUUGGGUGUCCCAUUUACGUCAUAUGCCUCUAGAAGUUCUUGACCUUUUGCUGCAAUAUUGAAAUGAUUUCUCCCAUUUAUGGUCACGUGUUCACAAAAGGGUUCAGUGCUCCUUGUCUUCAUGCCAACCGGUUUAUUGUGAAAAUUGCUGUCUUUUGUAGAUCGAUGUAAAUUUUGUAAAUUUUGUGCUGUCAUCACUCAUAUUUACUUCUGUUUAUCUCUCUCCUCUCUCUCUCUUUUUAUGGGGGGCACUUAGGACUAUAUGACAAAUGUUCUUACACCACCCGUGACCGAGGAUGGGUCCUGGGGAUUAACACCAUCAGUGACCAGGGGAAUAGAGAACCCCGCUUUUUCUUUUCCUUGAAGACGGACCGUGCCCGGAAGGUUACCACCAUCACAGAUCAUCGUAACUACCUCGCAAACCAGUGGGUUCACCUAGCUGUCACUUACGAUGGACGCCUGAUGAAACUCUAUGUGAACGGUGCUCAAGUGGCUACCAGUGGGGAGCAGGUAGGGAACAUCUUUAGCCCUUUGACCUUGAAAUGCAAAGUUCUCAUGCUUGGUGGGAAUGCCCUGAAUCAGAAUUACCGAGGCUACGUAGAACAUUUCAGCCUUUGGAGAACAGCCCGGUGUCAGAAGGAGAUUCUGUCUGACAUGGCCAUGGUGACUCAUGAAGCAGAUGCUCCUCUACCUCAGCUCGUUUUUCAGGAGACUUUACUGAAUGUGAAAAGCAUCUGGUCUCCGAUGAAAGACAGCCCUAGUCUUCCUCAGAUCGAAUUCACUUCCCACCCUGGCUACCUGCUCGAUACAAGCCUUGAUCCUCCACUAUGUGGGCAAACUGUGUGUGACAACAAAGAGGUCAUUGCCAGCUACAACAAGCUCCCAAACUUCCGUCACAAAAAGGUAGUCCGCUACCGAGUGGUGAAUAUCUAUGAUGACCACCAUCACAACCCAACUGUUAGCCGUGAACAGAUAGAAUUUCAACACCAGCAACUGAAUGAUGCCUUCAGCCCUUACAACAUCACAUGGGAACUGGAGGUGCUGGAAGUAAAGAACUCUUCCCUCCGGCAUCGCCUGAUCCUGGCCAACUGUGAAAUUAGCAAGAUUGGAGAUGACAGUUGUGACCCUGAGUGCAACCAUACCUUAACCGGGUACGAUGGAGGGGACUGCCGGCACAUGCGACACUCGUCAUUCAACAAGAAGAAGCAGAAUGGUGUGUGCGACAUGGAUUGUAACUUUGAGAGGUACAGCUUUGAUGGUGGGGAUUGCUGUAACCCAGAGAUAACUGAUGUCACCAAGACAUGCUUUGAUCCAGACUCUCCUCACAGGUAGGCACACUGCUGAGCAUAUAAGGUCCUUCUAAUCAUACCAGGCCUGCCUAUGUUCCCCUCAUUCAUAUUCCCCUCACCCCAACACCUCUUCCCAUGCCCACAACAAUUCAUAUUGAUUUAAUGAUCCUCUUUUAAACUGACUCAUAAUGAAUCAAGUUUUAGAAUGCACAAGGAAAUGCAUUUUGUGUUCCUAGCUCUCAUUAUCAGUCCGUUUAGUUGGGUUGGGUUGGGGUGAUGAGCAGCUCAGAGGGCUGUUUUGCACACACUUGAAAACUUCCUUAAAGUUUCUUGGGAACUGGUGUACAAACCUGACAUCUUCAUCUGCCCAUGAUGGGGCCCUUAGAGUGGAGGAGAUAUAUCUUGGCACAAAUUAGAAGGGGCUUGGAGGUGGGGGCACAGAUCUAAGGAGGUUUGGUUGAGGCAAGCCUGGGUUUAUAAUGAGUUUAAAAACUGAGGGUGAAUUGUAGGUUUUGCUUUAGGACAUGUAUAUAAACUUAUUUCCCUGUACAGUCAUAUCUUGGGUUAAAGUCGCUUCAGGUUGAGCGUUUUCAGGUUACGCUCCGCGGCGACCCAGAAGUAACGGAACGCAUUACUUCCGGGUUUCAUCGCUCACACAUGCGCAGAUGCUCAAAAUGACAUCAUGUGCAGAAGCAGCAAGUUGCGACCCCCGCAUGCGCAGACGCUGGUUUGUUCUACUCAGGAUGCAAAUGAGGCUCUGGAACGGAUCCCAUUUGCAUCCAGAGGUACCACUGUAUUUGUGUGGGAUUUUGUAUGACUUGUAUAAGUGGGGUCAGCUGCUCUAGAAGCAGUUCUUUUUGACGGGGGCCAUGGUGGACACUGCCAGAGGUGGUUCUGGGAUGGGAGCAGUCAAGCGGUGUGGUCCUCUCUGUCUUGCCUCUCUCAGCCCAGUGGAAGUGCUGCUGAUAUAGGCAGGUUGGGGAAGGGAGGAAGCGUUCAGUAAUGAGUCCCAGCUGAGGCUAUGGGGUGGGCCUCACCAUCUCACCUCUUUCUGAUACAGCUGGCUGGAAAGCCACUUAUUUGCAGGGGAGGCCUCUAAUUGAGAGCGGUGCUUAAUCAAGAAAACAUGAUGGUUUUUCUGCCUAGAUUUAGAACCAGCAGGAUUUUGAAAAAUAACUCCAUCCUUGAGUUAAGAGUCACUUGGCGCUGUUUUAUUUCACCUGCUCUCUAAUGCACACCCUUGUGCCUUGGCUAGAGGUAUUCAAUGAAUAUUAUCUUCUUUGUGGACAGAACAGAAUCGCUCCCCAGGGUGAGGGGAUGUGUAACUUUUUAUGAGUGUUUUAUGCCAGCCAUAAACUCAAACAGAAUGUUAAAACAUAAGCCAUACAAAAGCUUUGACGAGCUUUCUCUUGCUCAGGAACAAUCUCUCGGAAGAGUCAUGUGAAGAGGGAGAUUUGUAUGAGGAGAUGAAUAUGGAAAGGCUGUUUGUUUUCUUUGCAAGGCUUUGUCUUUAGCAAUAACUGUCAGUUGGAAGUACACAUGUAUUUAUUAGCCGAUGUGAGCUUUAGCACAGCCUUGUAAAUAAAGUCUUCAGAGAAGUUACUAGCCUGCAAAAUGUUUUACUGGCCUGUGGAGGGCUGGAAGAGGAUGGACAACAGGGGCUCUCCAUUCAUCUUCCAACUGUCUGCUGCCUUUCUUUUGCUGAGGACAGGAAAGGGGGAGAAUUUGUUCCCUGAUUGGCUUUUGUGCUGGACCCAAAGCAGUGAUGGAGCAACCCAUCUUUCCUCUGCCUUUUCACUUUCCAUGUAGACCAUGCAAUUAACAAAAAAACAGAAGAAGGGCCUGCUGGAUUAGAGCAAAUAGCCCAUCAAGUCCAGCAUCCUGCAAACAGGAUCCAAGCAAAAGAGAACUCUCCCCUCCUGUGGUUUCCAGUAACUGGUAUCCAGAUAUUGUUGGAAGCCCAGGGUCCUAUGAGACCCAGCCAGCAUGGCCAAUUGUCACUGAUGAUGGGAGUUGGAGUCCAUUAACCUCUGGAGGGCUGCAACUUCAGGAUGGAGUGGGGGAAAGAAACUGAAAUUGACAGAAAUGCUCAUUCCUAAUUGUAGUAGACCUGCAAAAGAAAAAGAAAAAAAAGAAAAGAAAAAAGUCUUGCAGGGCUUGCAUGUACCCUACAGUUGGCAUGAUAAAAUUUGGGCAAAUUGUAAACUGAAUCAAACUGUAACAUGCAAGUUUAAUGGGUUCUGAUUUCCUCAGUGUGAACUUUUACCUCCUCUUUGAUAGGUAAGUGGCAUUUCCAUCCCCCUUCUCAAGUUGGCAAUUGUUUAUGUUGUAUGAGGAAGCUACAACCUGGGGACUGAAUUGCAGCCCCCCAGGCUUCUCUACCUGGUCUUUGGGAACUCUCCCCAGGCCACCCACCUCACUGCCCCUGCUUUCCACCCUCCUUGAGUGUUUUUGCCUGGCUGGAAUGUGUCCUCAAACUCUAAUAAUGUCUGGAUGGUGGGUAGAGAGGGGUUUAUACAGAAAUUAGGCGACUGUACAAAGUGAUGGUUUACAUUCAUUGUUCUGCCCACCCCUGGAAUGUGACCCUUGCAAGGUCGCUCAGAUGGAAUGUGCCUCUCAUGCUAAAGAUAGGUUCCUCUGUUGUUUUGUUUUGAUUCUGAGCCAGGAAGGUGCUUUACAUCAUGAUGUCAGUCUUCAAGUCCGCCUUUCCCCAUUUGCAGCUGUUAGCUUGAGCAGCCUGUGAUUUUCGGCUACUAAGCAAGUGCUUGUGUUUUUUAAUAGCCACACAAGGCAGCUAUUAAUAGAUGGAGUUUACCAAAAUAUAGAACUGCCUAACACAGAAAAGGGAAACCUGAGGGAUUAAUGCCAGGAAAAAUUCCAUGCUGAAUUCCUACCAAAAGAUGUAGUAAAAAUUAACUGCACAGAGGAAAGGGUGGAACCCGUUACUUGGACACUGAUAUGAUUAUUACUUUUUUAGUUGUUCUUUCACCCUCCCCCCCCCCCCACUGCAUGUUAAUGGUCUUGUUCUGCCCUAAUCGGUGAGUCAGCUCCUUUUUAGAAUAAAAAUAAGGAAAUGGUUGACAAAGAACCUGCUACAAAAAUAGACUUUGGACAAUUCAAGAGGUUUGUGAGGCAGCAAAAGGAUUGUCCUAGAGAAAUUGCAGGAUCUCCUUCUGCAAGGAGUGUUCAGAUUUAGGAUUUUGUCCACAGUGAGGUGGCGGGGGGAGCUCCCAAUCUUUUAGCCAAGUAGAGCCAACUACCUUGCAAGAUGGUCUGUUCCACUGCUUUGCCAUUAGGAAGAUCCUCUGAACAUUUAGCUAAAGUCUGCUUCUGUGAAGCUCAUGCCCACUGGUACUAACUACUAUUGCCCUCUGAAGCGACAGAACAGUCUUAUCCAUUUUCUCCACGAACACCCUUCAGAUAUACAGUGGAUGCUCGGGUUGCGAACGUGAUACGUGCGGGAUGCACGUUUGCACCCACAGCGUUUGCAACCCGUGUCUGCACGUUUGUGCAUGCGCGGGUUGCGAUUUGGCGCUUUUGCACAUGUGCAAAGCACGAUUUAGUGCUUCUGCACAUGUGCAACUGCCGAAACCCGGAAGUAACCUGUUCCAGUACUUCUGGGUUUCAGUGGUUCGUAACCCAAAAAAACGCAACAUGAAGCAGCUGUAAGCUGAGGUAUGACUGUAUAGAUAAUCUCUCUAUUGGACUACUGUAUUGCACUCUAUGUAGGGCUUCCCUUGGAAGUUGCAGCUGAAGUGAAAUGCUGUGGUCAGGUUAUUGAGUGGAACAGCUGGAUGUGCACAAAUUAUACCUCUGCUGCAUUGACCGCCAAACAGCCACUAGAUCAUGCUCAAAAGUGCACUGUUAACAGAUAAUCCAGGCAAUCUGAAAGACCUCUUUCCCCUGCACAGACCUAUUAAGUCACUUAGAUCACCUGGGGAAAUUCUGCUCAUGGCAUUGCACCCUACAGAAGAUCAUAGGACAGUGACUAUAGAAUGGGUAUCUUUUGCUAUUGUCCCUGUACUGUGGAAUGCCAUUCCCUCUGUCGUUUACAACCAUUUACAAACAGAUACCUUGUAAAGAUUAAUAUUUUUGCCCAGGCUUUCACUGGUCCCUAAGAUUGGACCCUGAGUUCAUACCCUCCAACAUUUCUCUAAUGAAAAUAGGGACAUCCUAUUCAAUGAUGAUGAUGGUGAUUUUAUUAUUUAUACCCUGUCAAUCUGACUGGGUUUAACCAGCCACUCUGGGCGGCUUCCAACAUAUAUAAAAACAUAAUAAAAUAUUAAACAUUUUAAAAACUUCCCUGCACAUGGCUGUUUUCAGAUGUUACUUAUCUUCUUGACUCAGGGGUCGCAUAAUUCCAUACCCUCCAACAAUUCUCCAAUGAAAAUAGGGACAUCCUAAGGAAAAGUGGGACAUUCUAGGACCAAAUCAGAAACUGGAAUGGCUUCUGUAAAUCUGUGACUGUCCCUGAAAAAUAGGGACCAUUGGAAGGUGUGUGAAUUGUGUGUAUGAAUCCCCUGAGUCUCUCUCUUAUUUGCUUUUAUUUUUGUAUGCUCUUUUAAUGACUUUAGGCUAUAGUUUUGUUUUAAUGGAUAUUGUUUUUAUAUUGCACAUAGUGUGCACCACUUAGAGGUUUAUAACACAACAACAACACACAAAGUGGUUUAGAACUGCUUUUAAACAAACAAACAAACAAAGGCAGCCAUGAAAGCUGAGAUAAAAAUGCCUGUGCUCCAAUCCUGGAAUUAAUUUGAUAAAUGGUCCUAGUGCCGAACAAGAAUUUUGGAGGAGUGGAAUUCACUGGAGAGGAAACACAUGAAAUGAUCAAGGCACAGAAUGAGAGAAACCCUCUUCUGCCGGUCCUCAAGUUCCAAAAGGAUAUAGAAUGAGAUGAGAGGGUAACUCUUAAAAUAAGCCAAGCAUUUACAUUUGCAAUCAAAAUUAUUCCACCCCAUUGCAAAUCAAGUUUAUUCUCAAAAUUUACAGGUUUUCUGCUGUUUGAAAGGAGCAAAUCCAACCAAAGCAAUGAAAAUAGCUCCACACAAUGGAUGCUUCAAGUGGUUUCCUCAAAUUCAGCUGUAAAUGCAACUUAUAGUAAGACUGGAAAAGCCUGGCGAAGUGGCAUUUUCAACUGAAUUUCACCUGAUUUGCAACAGGGGCUGAAUAAUUUCAAAUGCAUCUAUAUUCCUUGCACCAAGAUCCCCCUGGCUGUGUUCCUUUUGCACAAUGAGGUUAAAGCAGCAGCAGGGUUUAGCAUCUAUGAUAUUGUCAUUUAUGUGACACUGAUCACAACCAGCCAGAGUGUUUGGGAAAGAACUUGUUUUGCUGUAAAGGUCAUAACUGGAGAGAGAAGCCUUUUGCACUGCAUGCAGAAGUAUCCAGGUUUAGUUGCUGGCAUCUUCAGGAGGGUUGCUAGCCACCAUGGCUUAGUUCUGCCUUCACUGUUGGAGAUUGUAUGCCUCUGAAUCACCAGCUGCUGGGAAUUGCCAGUUACAAGUGGGGAGAGCACUCACGUCCUGUGUGUAGGAUUCCCAUAGGAUGUGGGGUGAGAUAUGCCAUUGACAAGAUGCAGCAGGGUUCUUCUCAUGCUCUUAUGACACCCUAGAGAGCUAGAGUAUGUAGUAACAUAGAACACAGGGAGCUGUAGUUCAGCAGCCUCUGGGGGGACAUCAGGUCGGGGAAGGCUGAAUAAACAUGUGUUCAUCACUCACAGACAACAGCACCAUUUGUCAUGGUCUAUGUGUCAUAUCACUUGGACACAAUGGUCUGGGUUGACACAGGAAGAUGCCUUAUACUAAGUCAAACCAAUGUACCAUUUAGCUCAAUAUUGUCUACACUGACUGGCAGUGGCUUUCCAUGAUUUCAGGCAGCAGUCUAUCUGAACCUUAUAUGGAGGUGUGAAGGACUGAAUGUUUGGCCUUCUGCAUACAGAGCAGAUGCUCUACCCCUCAGCUACAGCCUACUCCACAACAAAGUUGUUGUAAGGUUUUAUUCUUUGUGACUUUUCAGUACCACUCAUCCAACAAAUCCUUAGGUGGUUUUCAAAACAUUAAAAUUCAGUGAAAGAAAAAAUACAUCCACAAAUAAAUUAAAACUAUAUGAAUGCAAUAAUUACUACCACCAACAUAAAAUCAGAAGAAAUAAUUAUUACACCAACACAAGAAACAUCAAAUCUACAUAAAACCAGCAGCAGGAAAAGCUCUAAGUGCUGGAGAACUGAAAUGCACUAAAAAUUACAAUUAAGACUCAUGCCUAGCCCUACACAAUGCCAAGGGAUGAAUCAAACAUCUUACAGGUUGAGUCCCCCUGAAUCCAAUGCUGGGGAUCCCUUUGAAGGGCCCUCCAGGUUGGCACCUGGUGAUGAAAACUUGGAACCAUCAGUCUCAAAAGCAUUGGUGCCAAAAUCUUCAGGUUCAGGUUGAAGAACAACAGACACUGUAUGCAUCUAUGGACCCAGAGUUGCUGGUCUGCUCAGAAUUAAGCAAUCCCUUAUACUUCACUGCCAGCAGCUAUGGCUUGGAUGUGCUUUUGAAGGGAAGCAUCUAUAAGGUCACCCUCCAGAGCCUCCAGGUACUGAAAACCACACAGGUCUCUGGCUCUUAAUUGUACUGCCUUACCUAACUUUGUCUCUGGAUUAUGUUUCAACCUAGACCAAUUGUCUGCACUUGAAUUUGGCUUGUUUCAACUGGGCUGCAUAUGCAACCCUGCCUGCAUCGGUGAGUUAUAAUGGUGAAGGGUUGUAUCUUCUGUAAUUGAGUCCUUAGCCCCUGCAGGCAUCCAUUGGAGCACCACAAAGACCUUGGAGUACAAGGUUCUCCCCUGGCACCCAAAGGAUCACAAUAUCAUACCCUCCAACAUGUCCAGGCCCAAAACUGGGAUGUGCUGCUGGGCGAGACAUGUUACCCGCCCAGGACUAUGGAGCCCCAAAGCAUGCGUUUUUGCACUCUGCAAUCUUGUGGAAGUUCAUGAUCUCACACGCUUUGGGGGACCAUGCUCUUGUGCUUUUUUAGGUGCCAUACUCUCAUAUGAGAGCACAAAAAUGGGAUGUCCCUUUUUAAUUGGCACAGUUGAGGGGUAUUUACUAGAUACAUCUUGUCAUAGUGUCAAAAUCAACAUCGUGACAUAAUAUAUUAAAAUGUAGCUUAUUCAGUUGACCACCAAGUCCAGUAUGCACAAAAUACAAAUCCUAUUUUGUCAGUGCUGUAAUACAUUCAUUUCUAAUUUCUUCAUCUUCUCUUGUAUUUUUCUGUCUGACGUAUUCCUUAGAAGAGUGACAUGAAAUAAUCUUCUAAGUAUCUAAUGAAGAUGAUAAAGUUGGUAGACAAAAGAAACUGGCACUGGUAGAUGCUGGCACAGGUCUGUUUCAACAUCUACCAGUGCCAGUUUCUUUUGUCUCUAUCAUCUUCAUUAGACACUUAGAAGAUUAUUACACUAUGAGAAGCUGUAUCUAAUUUUUGAGAAGUAGUUUCUAGUAAAUAACUCUGCAGUUGUUAUCAUACAGCCUGUUACGUUCACGUGUUUUUUCAAUUGGAUUUGCGUAAUAUAGGCAUUCUGGUGGUUUUGUUUUUACAGUUGAGGGGUAUGCAAUAUAAGCAGUAGACCUCCUCUCCCCUCAACUGUCACCUAGGGGCAGCCAUUGCACCAGAGUCACUGGCAGAGCCAGGGCUCAUUUCAUCAGCUUUGCUGGAGCCCCAGCUCAACCAAGCACCUCCUGCCCCCAAACUGUGCCAGCUGGUCAUUCUAGGAACAGAAAUUGGUGUCGCAAUUUUGAUUUUCCUCUUCCUUCCCUGUUCCUUUUCCCUUGUGAUUGUGUGCCUUGCGGAUAAGGACUGUCUUGUUUUGAUUGCAAGUAAGCUGCUCUGGGAGCCUUUCUGGUUGAACAGCAGGGUACGAAUAUACUAAACAAACAAACAAACAAACAAACAAUAAAAAGGCAAGCCUUUGUAGGGAGGACAUUCCAUAACUGUGAGCUCCAACACCAAAGAGCCACUCUGUGGCAAUAAUUAAUAAAUGAUACUUAUUUAAUAAUAUUUUAUAAAAAUAAAUUGUAAGAGGGACUUUGGAAGGAAGGGUGUGAUACGCAUUUAAUUGAUAAUAAUAGAUGAUUAAUAAUAGAUAAUAACUGAUAAAUAAUACUAAUAAAGUAAUAAUAGUUACAUGAUAUAUCACAUUUAUCUAAUUUAGUUACAUAUGCCAGUUUUUAAAUUUUAUCUGUAUAGCAUUAAUAUCUUUUUUAUGUAUACCCCUUAGAUUUUUUAAUUUAUCUCAGCAGUUUAUUUAAAAAAAUUCUUAAAUAAGUAUUAAGUGCUGUGCAGGACACAGAAAUUAUCAGCUCUGUGUCUCAAAGGAACCUUCACUCUGUUGUUGCUGCCAGUUUAAAGUCUCCUUGCAUUUAGCCUAAAAACUGCUUGUCUGUGAACCUGCCUCAAAAUGUACACUGGAUCUAGUAAAUACAAAUGUCGGGGAGCGGGAGUUUGUCAGAGCAAUAAGGAGGAAAAUGUUUUGCUUUUGCAAACUUGGCUUCUGUAAAUCUCCUGAUGCUGUUCCUUUUAUCUUUUGUGACUUUUUCUCCUUGUUACAAAGAUUGGGUGUGCAGACUCUGGAAAAACAUCAGGGUGCCAAGGGAAUAUCAGGUGGAGAUGAGGGCGGAUAACAGGCAAAUGAGUGCAAUUCUCCUGAAGGCUCGGGUUGUUGAAGAGACUCGUGCAAAACUCACCAGCAUGUGUUAGGGAUAGGGGAGAAAUUUGGUUCCAUGUGCAUUUAAAGGCAAACCUCUCACUUUUCAUAGCAGUACAAGAACUGGAACAAAGCCAUCCUUCUAAAUUUACACCUCGUUGAAUUUUGCGGUGCAGUUCUCCAGGCAAGCAAGGUGUACACAAAUGCAUAUGCUAGUAUAAAGGGUGCACAGAAAUACAUAUAUUCAUAAAAAAAUAACAUGCAGAAGCGCAUUAUAUUCAGCGAAAUGGAUUUGCAAAAAUGUGGGUUUUAGGAGAAGUUUGCACUAGAAAGGGUGAUGAAUUUCCAUGAGGACUUAAACAAAAACAAAAAAUCACAAACUGAUGUGGAAAGACGGAGAGCUGAGUUUUUGAUUGGAUAAAUAAGAAACUGGGGAGGAAUGAAGUUGACAGUAUUACCCAUCUCUAGCACACACACCCUCUCAGGGGUCUUCUCUUCAUCAUGCCCUCAAUCAGUGCUUUUCAAACGAGAGUCAGAAAACAAGAAAGUUGAGGCCGUAUGUACAUACUUUGCAAGGUAUUUCCAUUGAUCUGGAGCAACCACUGAAAAAUAUUCUUCCUUUAGUGCCUACCUAUCUGCCUACAGACAGGCCCUCUGUGGCCAGUCUCAAAGCCCAUAACUUAUUUAUACAAUACAAAAUUAAUUGACUGGCAAUCCAGGCCAUGUGUGAAUCCGAAGCCAAGAACUGGCAGUCAAGAUCAAACGGCAGGACCUAUGAACAAGCCAGGAGUCAGGACAGAAGACACAUGGGAGCUCACAUAGCCCUUGUUUGUCAAACAACAGUACAAAGCCCCCUUACAAUCCUUUCUGCUCUGGAGGAGCCCAUGGCCAGCCUGGAUGGAGUUAGUCUGAAAGGGUAUUCACUGAGAAUCUAUAGUGCCGUGGGGCAGUGGUUAGCAAGUCCUGCUACGUUAUGAGCUGUGAUAAGCAAAUCCUACUUCCAUAGUCAAAAUUAUGUGACAGUGGGGAGGGGGUGGGGCAACACCAGGGAAAGACCAGGCCUUGCUUGCUCACUCCUGGAAGCAUCUGGUUUGCAUUGUAGAAAACAGGAUAGUGGACCUUAGUAAAAGAUUAGCAGGACUGAUCUUUUAAGUUCUUCCAUUCAUCCUAUGAAGUAUGCAUGGUGCUCCACAACAAUGGGUUGGCAUUUGAUAAGACCUGUUAUUUAUCCUUUCUCCUCAUGCUGACUGCCUCACCUAAUACCAUUUUUUUAAAAAAGGUCAGCAGUAAUCUGGAUUUGAACUUGGUGUCAUUGCAUGUUUUCUUCUAGGGCCUCUGCCAAAAGAAUGGAUUUUUUAGUUGCUCAAAUUUUGGGGCCAGGGGGGCAACAUACUUUGGAGGGGGAGUUUAUUUUGGGCUCUGGUUGUUCUCCAAUAGCAGUGGCAAGCCAGAAACUCUUGUAAGCACUGCCAUUUGGGCUGGGGGGUGGAGCAUUGUUCUCUCCCCCAGCCCCUGAAUCCAGCCACAUGUAACACUGAGAGUCUUCUCCUACUGUCUUGUGAUUUAUCUUUUCUCUGUGUUUGCUUCUGUUCUUCAAACAAAAAUGGACAAUGGAUUAAAAAUGGAUUAAUGAAGGGUUGUUUGUUGAAAACAAGCAACCUAGAAUUCCCACAUAAAUGUCUCAGCAUGAAAGUUGAGCAUUAAGCAACAUGUAUAUGCAAAUUGGUGAUGGGUGGUGGAGUGGGUGGGAUUUGGUUCAGUUUGCAUUUAAAAGAUAACCCUACCUAAUUUACAACAAUUUCUGGAACAGUAUACAAAAUGAAAUUCUUUGAAAUUCACACUUCACUGAAUUUUGCACUGCCAUACUCCAGCCAAACAAGGUGUGCAAAAGUGCAUAUGCUAGGGUAAAAUUAAAAUGCACACAUUACUGAAAAUAACACACAAGAGUGCAUUAUAUAAGGAGGCAUUGCUUUGGGGGGGAGUGUAUACAAGGCAAGACUGCAUACAAGAAUGUGAAUAUUAGGAAAAAUUCACACUAAAAUGCUAAUGACUCUUCAUGAGGACAUCUAAAAAAAUUGCAUACAUGUGGAGAACGGAACUUAAGAAAGAAUGGGAAAAUGUAAAACAGAGAGAAACCAAAACUGGCAGAUCUGCCUCUGCCACACGCACUCCUCCCCAGUAAUGCUUGCGGUAAGCAGAAGCAGGGUUUUUUCUCAGCUGGAACUCACAGGAACUGAGUUUUGGCACCUCUCAGGUGGGCACCAUUGCCAUUAUUAAGAGAACAAGGGAGAUGUUCAUGGUGAGUUCCGGCACCUCUUUUUCUAGAAAAAUAGCGCUGGGCAGGAGUGUUUGAAUUAUGGCAGGGAAGUGGCCCUCCAUAUGUUGUUGGCACUAUCCCACCAGCUCAGUCAGCCAGUCUCCACCUGCCUGCCUUCAUACUUGCAAACAGUCCAUGCAGUUUCCUUUGCUGUCAGCCUCCUCCUCCUCAUUUCUCACUGUUGCCCUUGCAGAACUCAGCAGGUAGGCUGAUGUUGGGCAGAAGCAGAAUGCACUGGCUCUAGCGACACCCUUGCCUUCAGCCCUACCAGUCCCAAGAGCACUAAGCUUACAACUGCAUCCCUAACUAUGCUGGCUGGAUUGUGAUUUCUGACUCAGAUUUACCAAGCUCACCAGGGUCCCUUGAGAGACCAACCGUCAUCAAGCCUUUGGUCACUGUGGAGGGAGGCUGGAAACAAGCAAUGACUAAACCAAAUUCCAUGUGAUUGUUUUUGGAUUUGCUUUGAUAAAGCAGUGCCAUAGCUAUGGGGGUGGUAUGGCCGGGUUUUUUGCCCCAGGUGCAGCCUCCAGAGGGGCACCAUUGAGGCUCCCAGCUUGUGUGUGUGUAUGCAAAUGUGUGCGGCGGGGGUGUGCCAAACGGGGUCUUUGACUUAGGUGAGAUAAAGCCUAGUUUUGCCCCUGGAUAAAGAGAGGUCAGAUUGUUUUACAAAGCUGUUCUGAUGUUUCUUUGCUUUACCGUGUGAUGAAAGGCUCCUUGGGAAAGCAUUACUCAAUUGACAGUGCAGUCCUUAGGCUUCCUCACUUGGGAGGAAAUCUAAUCGUGCUCAGUGGAGUUUACUGGGGCUGGGAGCCUUUUUGUUCAACUCAAGGCAACCUUCCAAGACCUACAUUGCCAGGGGCAAAAAUGGGCAGAGCAGUAAAUGUAAGUUGUACCUUUGCCCAGUAGGUUUCUAUUUGCAUUGGAACAUCCUUUCCUAGCCUCCAUCUGGGCAAGCAAGAGACAUUCUCAGGGUGCAAGGAGACAUUCCAGCCAGGCAAAAGCAGGGUGAGUGGGUGUGGCCUGGGGAGAACCCUGAGAGCCAGAUAGAGAGGUCUGGAGGGCCACAUCCUCAGCCCUGAAACUAAGGGAUGGAGAACUUGUCAGCCAGCAUGCCCAGUUGCUUUGGACAAUAGGGGUUGGAGUCAAACAAUAUUUGAGUCUGAGAAAUAAUGAAUUAGCAAAACCCCACUGCAUUUUUCCCCCUUCAAAUUUUUAAGCUUAAUUCAGCUACUGGGAUUCAGAAACCUUUGCAAAGGAAUGCAAAUCACCCACAGAUCUGCAAGUAGAUCACUAUCUCCCUCUGCCGUCUUGUCCCCCUCUGCUUUACGCUCUGCAGCGUGCAAAGGAGCAUGUGGAACAGGUUGGUCUGGCUGAACACAUUGCAGGGAUGGGGGAAGAGGAACAUGUGAUUUGAUGAUGUGAUAUCAGCAUCCCCAGUGGCCUCUGAGCAAUCUGUAGAAUUCCUUCCUUCCUUCCUUCCUUCCUUCCUUCCUUCCUUCCUUCUUUCCUCCCUCCCUCUCUCUCCACACACCAUACAUUUAAAGCACAUCCUUCCCCUUACAAAGAAUCCUAGGAACCCUUCCCCCCACAACUAUAGUUCCCAGCACCCUUUACAAACUGCAGUUUCCAAAAUACUGGGGAGGGGCCUGGAACCCUGUGCUUUAAAUGGAUGUUGUGUACACAGCCUUUCUCUCUGCUUCUGAAAGCAGCUCAAGCAGAGAAGACCUUUAACUGACAUCACACUUACUCCAGUGUAAGGCAGUCUCCUGGCAUUACGCAAAUGUCCCAUCUUAGGAAAAGUGCUAUGUUGAGUUAUCACUUGGUUUGGUUUGCGUUUGGGGGCAUGAGUUCUGUUUUGAAAUUAUGCUCUUCCACCCUUCAUGCAAACACGCCGUUUCCCUCCUCUCCCCCAUUUCUGUUCUGAACUGCUGUUUCAGACUGCCAAGCUUAAGGAAUGGAGCUUACUGGCCUUUACCAAAGAGAUGCGUCAAGGAAACAUUCUAAUGACAGCUCAAAAAGGCUUUGAUCCUCUUCCAGGACUGCACUCAUGGCUUUGAAAUGCGACUUUGGCAGCCCUUGAGUCUGGCUGCUUUGGUUCUCUUUGGCAUCGGCCCAUUUGAGUGACAUUACAUCCUCCAUCACGGGACCCAAAUAACCUUGAGAAGAUGAUGGGUGGCUCACAGACCAUGCUGAAGAAGGGGGGCUUGAGGUGCCUACCAGCAGUUGUUUGGUGCUAUGCUAGCAAACACAGUAACCGCAACAUAAGAGGCUGAAUGGAAGAGCACAACACUUGGCAGGCAAAAGGUCCCAGGUUCAGUGCCCGGCAUCUCCAGGUUGUACUGGAAAAGCUCCCUAUCUGAAAGCCUGGAGAGCCACUGCCAUUCAGUGUUGGUUGUACUGAGCCAGGUGAGCUUUAUAUAAGGCAGCUUCCUGUGUUCUUUUUUUGAAAUCAUGAAGGCUUGAUUCUUACUUCAUUUUAUGGAAAAUACCAUGGCUCCAUAGAGCACUUGCUUUUUAUAAAGAAAGUCCCUGAUUCAAUAUACAGAGAAUAACUGCCUGUCAGUGUAGACAGUACUGAGCUACAUGGACAAGGGAUAUCACUCAGUAUAAGGCAGCUUCCUAUGUUUCUACACCUACUCUGAAAUUCUCCCCCACUCAUCUUCAUUUAUUUAUCCCAGGUUCUAGGAUAAUGAGGGGGGGGGGGACUUUUCUAUCCAUACCAUACUUCAUUUUUAAACUGGUCUGCUUUUUUAUAAACUGAAAAGCUUUUGAUGUUGAAACCUGCUCAGACCACAUGCUUAAACAUCUAUUUGUUUUACAAAAAUGUGUCUACCACUUUCUCAACCAUAACAGGUUACAAAACAGAACCUCCCUUAAAAAAUAGCUUUACAGUGGUACCUCAAGACGCUUCAGGUUACAGACACUUCAGGUUACAGACUCCACUAACCCAGAAAUAGUACCUUGGGUUAAGAACUUAGCUUCAGGAUGAGAACAGAAAUCGUGCGGCGGUGGCACAGCAGCAGCGGGAGGCCCCAUUAGCUAAAGUGGUCCCUCAGGUUAAGAACAGUUUCAGGUUAAGAACGGACCUCCGGAACGAAUUAAGUUCUUAACCCGAGGUACCACUGUAUAGGCAGAUGGUACAGACCAGGGCUGGGGCAACUUGAUAAAGCCAGGGGACCAGAUCCUUAUCUUCUACACACACACACACACACACACAAACACACAACUGGCCAAGUCUGGAAGGAAAGUAGGCCUGUGCACGUGUCAGUCACCUGAUGCCAGAGGUAGUAAGCGAUAUGGCCUUGUGGGCUAAAUGGCCUGUCGGCUGGAUGUUCCCAACUGGUGAUACAGGCCCUUACAGUGACAAAUACUAUAAAGUUGAUACAGGUGUUGGAGAAGAUAUAUGCAUAUAUGUGUUUCAGUAUUGUUAUCUUCCUGGUCUGAGGCAAUUCUUGAGGCAAGAGAAAGAAGCUUCUCCCUUAACCUGUCUGCCUUCAGAAUACUAGAUGCUGUGCAGCUAGUACUGUCUUCCCUUUCAGGCAACUGUCCAGACAGCAUCUGCCAGAUGUGGCCAGGUUCUGGGGCGAAGGGGAAUGGAGCAAUAAUUGCUGGUUUUGCCAGACAUUCAGCACUCACAGAUUGAGCCUACUGCAUGUGAUGCAUGUUUAUUUGCAAGCAAGUUGCACCGUGUUCUGUGAGGCUUUUGCUGAGGUUAAGUCUGUGCAGAAUAGUAGUCUGAGAGCAGCUCCUCCUCACCUGCUGGCCACCAUUUCAGUGGCCCACCAUUGCCAUUUUCUUGCUGAAACACACUCUAAGCACUGCCUGUGGGCACUGUGUCUCAUGUCUGGAACUCUCUGCCACAAUAUGUGGCAAUGACCACUAGCUUAGGUGGCUCUCAAAUGGAACUGACUGAGGCUCCAUCUGCACUAUACAUACAAAGCACUAUUAUACCACUUUAGGCAACCGUAGGCUCCCCCCCCCCCGCAAGAAUCCUGACAAGUAAGAUUUUUUAAAGAUGCUGAGGGUUUUUGGGAUACCCCUAUUCCAUUCCCAAAGCUGCAGUCCCCUGAGCUGUUUAAUAGUCAAUCCCUUUUCCCAGGGAAUUUGGGGGGUGUUAGCUUUGUGAGGGGAAUAGGAGGUCUCCUAAACCCACUACAGUUCCCAUAAUCCUUUGGCAGAAGCAGCGACUGUUAAAGUGGUCUAAUAGUGCUUUGUUGAAAUUGUUAAUAACAUUUUUUAAAAUAAAAUAAAAAUAAUAGUGCUUUGAAUGCAUGGUAUGGAUAUGGCCUUACUGAAUAUAUAGAACACAUCUGGAAACUCUUCAGUCAGUGCUUGAGUCCCACAAGGAAAAAGGUGGGGUAUUAAUAAUAAUAAUCAGUGCUUUUUCCCCUAAGAGAAAUGGUGCCAGUACUAAUCAUAAUCCUCUCCCCGACCCCCACUGGCCUUUCCUCUCUCUCACAUGUACUCUCUCGCCUGUCCCCCCUCGAUUAAUUAAAGCCCCACUUUGUGACCCCUCCCUCUUCUUCAACCUCCCCCCCUACUUUGCCCCAUCUGCUCUUCACACCCACUCCUCCUGUCCUCUCCCUUCCCCUCCUCCCAGCCACCAUCCGCACCCUCCGUGCUCGACUCAACGGCUUGCCCCAACCACAGAAUGGAGGAUGGCGGCACUAGCAGCAGAGGCUUCUGCCUCCUCCCCUUCUCUUUCUCCCUUCCUCCACUCCUCUGCCCCAUCCCACAGACAUGGAAAGAGUGAGCAGAGAUGAAAGGGACGUGGUGCUCACGCUUACCUGGCUGCUCAUGGCGCAGCGAGGCAGUGACAUGGCAGUGCGUCCGGGGGAGAGCAUGCAUUGUGGGGGCAGCAGAAGGGGAACAGUGCAACCUGUUGACUGAGUGUGGCAACUACAGCUCUGAACAAGAGCCCUCUUUUUCUUGCCACUGCUGCUUCAACCUAUCUUUUGCAACCCCCCCUUUUAGCCACGGUUGCUUGCUUGUUCUCCUGACCCUCCGCUUACCUUAUCACAAUAUUUUUUUUGGUGAGGGGGGGAGGUGAUGGCACUGUGUACCACUAAGUACAGUAGUACCUCUGGUUGCAAACGGGAUCCGUUCCAGAGGCCAGUUCGCAACAUGAAAAGAACACAACCCGCAGUGGCGUGUCUGCGCAUGUGCAAGUUGUGAUUCGCCACUUCUGCGCAUGUGUGUGACGUCAUUUUGCACUUCUGCGUGAGCGGUGAAACCCGGAAGUAACCCUUUCUGGCUCUUCCAGGUCACCGCAGAAUGUAACCUGAAAGACCGUAACAUGAAGAGGAUGUAACAUGAGGUAUGACUAUACUGCCAGAAAAAAGCACUGAUGGUGAUGAUGAUGAUAGCUGCCAUUAGAUUCAUGGCAGAUAGGCCUGUCAAGGGUUAUUAGUCUUGACAGUGAACUAAAAACCCUGUUCAGAGCCAACGGACAUCUGCAUACCUGGUUCGAGGGCAGAGGUGGUGGACAAUGUUUUGACCCAAGAGACACAUUCUUUUCUGGACAGUCUUUCAGGAGCCACAUGCCAGAAACAGGCAAGGCCAGAGGCAAAGUGGAUAUGAGCAAUGACUGUAAACUUUAUCUUUGUAUAGUAGACUAGUUUCUACACAUGCUUUCUUUUUCUCUCUCAGACACCCCCCCCCUGGGUUGGGUCACCAAGAGACAUUAGUAGAGUGCAGCAAGGCAAAAACAUUCAAAGGAGGGCGUGAAGCCAGAAUCUUGAUGGGUGUUGCUGGAGAGUGGGUAUGUGGGAUAGGGAGGGUAGAUAGAGAUUUAUGGAGGGCUGCUGUUGAUGUCCAGGCCUGAAGUGCUGUACCUCUGUGCUAGGCAGCCAGAAUGAAGGCCUUAUGGGAGGUAUCUGUGGGAAGCCAGAUGUUGGAUCAAAUGGUCCAUUGGUUGAACCAGAGUGGCUUUUUUUUGCAUUGUUCACAUGUAUGCCACAUCUGGUGAUGAAGCUGUGAAGGUGGAAUGCAACAUGGGCAGAGGUUUCAAAUGGACACCUCAGGGAAACUGCUCUUCCUUUCAUUCUUUAUAAGAUUUUUUUAAAGCCAGUGCUCAAAUAUCAGCAGAAAAACCUAUGUGUUUGUCACAGGUCACAGAGAGCACAGGGCGACAGUGGAUAUGAGAACUGGGUUAAUCGUCACAGAGCAGCAUCCUUCAGGAUAGAUCUGUGACUGCUUGUCUCAAGAUAAACGUUUGGAAACAACCCCCACCCAAAACCAAUGGUAUCCCUGAGGAGAUGGCUUUUCUCCAUGAUUCAGCAGAGGGAGGCUUGGGGACACCCAGCCUAGAGAUAUUUUGAAAUCAAUGACUUCUGUGAGAGACAGGGGGAGGAGAGAAACGAUAAUGCUAUUGUGGAAACGCAUGUGUCUGUUUUCCAUUGGGGAGUCCUUGGGGGGAUGAGUGGAAGCCUCUGGUCCUGAGCCAGCUCCCGUGGUCUCUCUUCCUUCUGGGAAGGGAAUUUUCACAAAGAAUUCAAGGAACCCAGCUCAGUGGAACAGAGGAGCAAACGGUUCAUGAGAGCACCACGUGUAACAGGCGAAAACACAUGCACAGCUUGCCAAGAGAGAGAGGUGGAAGAAUCCAAAUGUUUCCCAUCCUUGGAGAAUUUUUUGCCCUAGAGAGUGCAGCCCCCUUCAUUAGUAUGUUUUCCAGUUGCCCCAUUUCAAACAAAACAAAAUGGAAAAAAUAAAAUAAGCUUUGGGAAAUUGUGCUGUCUUGCACAGUGUUCUAUCUGGGAAGAGGCAUUGUGCUUAAAAACAGAAUCUGUCACACCUGGCUUCCAACCUGAAUUUUGCAAGCCUGUAUUUCUAGCAUAGUUUCUGGGUCAGAACUCGUCAUGACAAAAUAUGCUUUAGUGUCAGAUUCUGAAGAAAUAGUUCUGGAUUUAUUUUUUUUCAUCCAGACAAAUGGAACUUUGCCAGAAUUUUUUUUUAAAAAAUGGGUUGUUUUAUUUCCCCCUCUCCUGUUUUUGUUUGUUUGUUUAAUUUGCAAAAUUGCACAAUGGUUCAAUGGGAAUCUCCUAGGAAAAUAGAAAGCUGCCUUAUCCUGAAUCAGACCAUUGGUCCAUCUAGCUCAAUACACUGCCAGCUACUACACGGGUUGGCAGCUGUUUUCCAGGAUCUCAGGCAGAGCUGUCACCCAGUCACAAUCUCUCAGCUUAAUCUUAUCUCUUUUUUUUUAUAUAAUAUUUAUUCAAAUUUUAAGAUUACAGAAAAAGAAAAAAGUAAAGAAAGAAAAACUAAUCACAUACAUCCUACAAGAAAAACACACAAUACAAGGAAAAAUACACAAGACAAAAAAUCACAAUAAAAAAUAACAAAAGAAAAAUUCAACUUAAACCAUUAGAGCCGUUUUCCCAUUUACUUAUUUCCGUGACUUCCUCUCACUUCUCUGCUUUGUAUUCUAAUUCAAAUUGUAUCUCCAGCAAAUCCUUCUAACCUUCUUUUCAUUUACUUAUUUUAACAUUCAAAAAUAUUUAAUUCUCCUCUAUCUUUUAUUUUACACUUCAUAUUUACUUAAUUCCAUUAUACUCUGUCUGCCAAUACGGUCUAAUAUUCUUCUCCAACCUUUUCUAACAUUCUUUUAUAUUACAGUGAUUCUGAAGAUAUGUUUUAAAUUUUUUCCAAUCUUCUUCCAUCGACCCUUCUUCUUGAUCUCGAAUUCUGCCGGUCAUCUCAGCCAGUUCCAUAUAGUCUAUCACUUUUCUCUGCCAUUCUUCUCGGGUAGGCAAUUCUUGUGUCUUCCAGUAUUUCCCAAUGAGUAUUCUUGCUGCUGCUGUCGCAUACAUAAAAAAUUCCUGUCUUCCCUUCGCACCAAUUGACCGACCAUGCCCAAGAGGAAGGCCUCUGGUUUCUUCAAGAAAGUAUAUUUCAAUACCUUUUUAAGUUCAUUAUAUAUCAUUUCUCAGAAGGCCUUGAUCUAUGGGCACGACCACAAAAGCUGAAAAAAAGAACCUUCGUUUUCUUUACAUUUCCAACAUUUAUUAUCAGGCAAAUGAUAAAUUUUUGCUAGCUUGACUGGGGUUAAGUACCACCUGUAAAUCAUUUUCAUUAUAUUUUCUCUUAAGGCGUUACAAGCCGUAAAUUUCAUACCUGUGGUCCAUAACCGUUCCCAGUCAGCAAACAUAAUGUUAUGCCCAACAUCUUGCGCCCAUUUAAUCAUAGCAGAUUUGACCAUUUCAUCCUGUGUAUUCCAUUUCAACAGCAGAUUAUACAUUCUUGACAAAUUUUUAGUUUUAGGUUCUAACAAUUCCGUUUCCAGUUUAGAUUUUUCAUCCUGGAAACCAAUCUUUUUGUCUAAAUUAAAAACCUCCCUUAUUUGAUAAUAAUGCAGCCAAUCUCGAACUUUAGUUUUUAAUUUGUCGAAGCUCUGCAAUUUUAGUUUAUCACCAACUUGUUCUAAGAUUUCACAAUAUUUUGGCCAGUUUGUCUCCAUAUUAGUUUUUUUCAAUGCCUUUGCCUCCAUUGGUGACAGCCACCUUGGUGUUUUACUUUCCAACAAAUCCUUAUAUCUCACCCAAACAUUAAACAAUGCUUUCCUGACAAUAUGAUUCUUAAAGGCCAGCUUAAUCUUAUCUCACAGGGGGGCUGUGAGUAUAAAUUUGGGGUGAGGCGAGUGAGACAUGCUUGCUGCCCUGAGCUCCUUCGAAUGAAAUGUGAGAUAGAAGUGGCUACACUGGGAGGAGGUUGUGAUGUGACAAUGGAUUAUUUACUUUCCUGCUACAACCUACACAAACCCCUCAGUCUGUAACUGAUACUCUCCUCCAGGGGCCUCUUACCAGGGGAGGUUUGGCAGGUUGUGACAAAAGAAAGGGCCUUUUCAGUGGAGACUCCCUGCUUGUGGGAUGCUUUUCCCAGAAAGGCCCACCCGGCACUAUCCUUAAUGUACAUUUAUCACCAGGUAAAAUGUAUCUCUUGUCCUAGACAUUUCACUGAUAAGAAUGCUUUUGCUGUUUAUUGGUUGUGGCUUUUUGCUGUUGAAUAUUUUGCCUCUAUUUAAGUAGGUCUGUUUUAUGGGUUAUUACGUAUGUUUUAUUGUAAUGUAUUUCUCUUUUAUUCUGAUGUUAUGAUUAUUUAUUUAUGAAUCACUUCUCAUGAGGCAUUCUGAAGCAAUAUGUAAUAUAAUUUUUUUAAAUGGAAAACCAUUGUGGUUUUUUUUAAAAAAAAACACAGUUAAAACAAUUGCAUAUAUUAUGUAUUAUAAUGUAUUAAAUGUCUAUACCACUCUUCAUCCAAGGAUCAGAGGGCACGAUUAUAUAUCUAUAUCUAUAUCUAUAUCUAUAUCUAUAUCUGUAUCUAUCGAUAUAGAUAUGUAAUAUCUAUAAUUUUCCUUUGUUUUUUAUUAUUGUUAAUUUCUGAUAGUGCUGUGUUACUGUUAGUUGUAGAAAAGAAGUUAAACACAGAGGGGUUAUGGUGAAAAGAAAGGGAGACAGUAUGAGAGACAGGCAAGAAUGGGUUUUCCUCAGGGUGUGAGGCUGAGGAAGGGGGAAAACCUCUCAGGUGAGAGCUGGGGAGAUUCACCUCUUUGUAUGUGGAUUGAAGAUUAGGGUAGAAUUAGAAUAGGGGGCUGUGUGUUUGUUGCUAUUUCUAUUGUCUUUCUCCUCUCUUUUCUUUUGUUUUUUCUCUUUCUUUCUUUCUUUUCUACUUCAUUGCUUCUAGAUAUAAUUUUAUUAUAUUGUGAAAAAAUAAUAAAAAUUUCUGGAAAAAAUGCAGUUUAUGUAUGUGCUGUUGUGGUUUUAAACUGCAAGUCAGUGCAAGUCUAAUACAGUUACUAACUGGGGUAAAGAUUUUAAUUUAGAAGGCUUGUAGGAACAUCUUUAACAGGCACCAAAAAUAAAAUGGAAAUAUUUUUUUUGUUUCCAGAGGCUCUUUAAAUGGCAAGUGAGUAUUAAGCUGCAUUUAUCAUUGUUGUUACAGUAUACGAUGCAAAACAACAGCAGUUCAUUGUGAGAGUUUGAUGGGCUCCUGUUGGUGCCACACGCUUCUUGAGUCUGAGCACAGAGUAUCUGAUACCCUCAGCAAUCUCCCAUGAGGUGCUUGUCUGCGUUGCUAAUGAGGCAUCAAGAGAGGAAUGACAGGUUGAUGUCCUUGUGCCCCUAAGACUAGCUUUGACUUUCUGGAUAUGUGUUUUAUCCGCUUCUAUUAUUAUUAUUAUGGGGGUGGGAGGAUCCUUAAUAAAAUCUAUGGGUCGUGACUCCCUCUAAGUUGAGCCAAAUCACCCCCUCUGUAGCUUUCUAAAAGCAGUUGCUAAGAGAGCUGUCUCCAAAGGCAUGAGAGUGGGGGGGGGGCUUCCCUCCCUCCCUCCUUGCCUCCCCCCCCACCUUCUCCAGUAAUUUGAGUCUUGGUUUCACCUCUACUGCAGGUUUCAAAAUGCACUGUUACGUUACAGAACUAAGAGUGAGGGCUCAGCUGCAUGAUGAUCACAUUUUGAAUUCUUGUGCUGAAUUUCCAUGUUCGACCAAGCGGGGAUUUUUCAUUGAGCAGGGAUGUGGAAAUAGCAAUGGCUAUGUUGUUUUGUUGUUUUCUCCCCCCCUUUUUUUUGUCCAAGUGUUAGAACACAAUGCAUUUAGCAGCAGAGAAGGGAGUGAGAUGUAGGCAGCCCCAAAGAGCUGACCCCAUUACACACUUAGCAAUGAAUGCAUUGGAGGAUGGGGAUUGGGGCUUUGUGCCCGUGACAUGCUCCCAUCAGCACAUUGCCCCAGCCCUGAUAGGCCAACUGCUGACAGCUGCCCUGGGUCAAGCAACCAGUACCUGAUAGCAAGCUGCCAUUUUAAUUUCCCACCAUGCCUCCUAAUGUAGCAUUACACUUGGGCAGGUAACCCUCUUCCCUGACGGCUGCAUUCUAAGGACCACAUGCCAAGGGUGGGUGGGGCCAGGGGGAAAGGGGGAGGAGCAAUGCAUGUAACAUUUGUACAAUAGGUCAACCACCACCACCACAAAUCUUUAUUAUGGUCAUUGACCAGUACAAUAGGUCAGUCUCUAUGCUCCAUCUGGGCAAGCAAAAGGCAUUACCAGAGUUCAAUGACACAUUCCAGUCUGGCAGAAACUAACAAGGAGGAGGGCACGAAGCAGGAAAAGUGAGGUCUAUGGUUUGGUGAAAGUUCUGAAAGCCAGAGAAGUCAGGAAAGCCCCCAGGUUCUGAGGUUCCCCACCCUGCUCUAGUGCAUUGUGGGUGCCCUGAAGUUGAUGCUAUAUCAUAGGACAUUGUUAGAACAUAAAGCAGUUUUAAUUUCCCACAUUGCACAUGCUGGCUGGAGGGCACUAGGUUGGUGUAGGGUGCCUGAACAACAUCUUCAUGCACACACCUGCACUGAUGUGAGCUCUGUCCUUUUAGCUGGGAAGGCUGUGUUUUGCAAUAUUAUCACUUAACACUGAGAAACACGCACAUUAACUCUAUUCAGAUAAUAAGAUGAGCCUGUGGAGUUUAGGGCAAGUCAGGGAGCACGAACAUGAUCCCAAUGCCAUCCACUGCAUGCAUUCACAGAACAUCAGGAAGGGGUUUUAGGGACCCAGGUAGUCUUAGUGAGCUAAUGCACAAAGACUGAGCUAGGAGCAAAGGGGGAUCCCCCCAGGCUGAGUCAUCUUUCCAUUUAUGAGAUGGCAAUUUCCCAAAUGAGUCAGUGAUCUGAGCCGCUGGUUGCAUUCUGAAGUGGUAUAGUGCCUAUAGUCAUUAUGCAAAAAGAAAUAGGUCUCAGUUAGCUUACUCCAAGUGAUUGUGGGCAGGACUGUCAGUAAUCACACAGUAGCCCUUGGCUCACAGUCACAUCAGAUCAGGGCAGGCUUAUACAUGACUAGAUUCUCCUCCAUCCUUUUAAAUAAAUAAAUAAAAUUUGUUUGUUUUUAACGUUCCAUAAACAGAAAAGCAGCAUGUCUGGGAUAAUUUUAGCUUGCGUCUCUUCUUCCUGAUAAACUAGAUUCUUUGUGAAAGUGUUUUCCUUCCUUCCUUCCUUCCUUCCUUUAAAAUACGAGAGCAUUCAAUUUGUAGCCCAAGUACAGAUUUACCUCUUCAGUCAGAUUCAAGGUGACACAGCUGAAAGGUAUGGGGUGAUUUGAACCUGGAAACUCUGUGGCUCCUCUAUGGGUGAUUCUUCAUCAUUCCCAUUGGCACUCCCGUUCUGGUCAAAAUGUAGCCUUGUGGUUGCUGAAUAUUCCCAAAGGGACAAAAAAAAAAGAUGGGAAGAGGGUCUCACAAUUCUACACCAGCCCAAUACCCAUUCUGAUGUUAGCUCAUAUUCUGAGACUUUUGUCUGUUUUGAGGGGGUCGCUUCUCAUUUAUGUGAUAUUUUCUCAUCUUUCUUUCUGUUGCAGAGCUUAUUUAGAUGUCAAAGAACUUAAGAACAGGCUCCAACUGGAUGGCUCAACACAUCUCAACAUCUUCUUUGCUAACAGCUCUGAAGAAGAGUUGGCAGGUGUAGCUACCUGGCCGUGGGACAAGGAAGCUUUGGUACACCUGGGUAAGUCACACCAGAAGAGCUCCACAAUAUCAGGUCAAACAACAUCCUGUUCUCACAGUGGUCAGCCUGAUGGCUCUGGGAAGUUCAUAGGUAGACGACAAAGGCAACAGGCCUUUCUUACUGUUAUGCAUUAGAACAUUAGAAAAGUCCUGCAGGAUCGGGUCAAUGGCCCAGUCUCAUCCAGCGUUCCAUUCUCAUGUUGGGCAAUUAUAUGCCCUUAGGGGAGAGAAAUGAUACAGCCAAUGCAAGAGAAUUAGAAUCAGAAAGCCUGGUAGGUUCUCUUGUAGAUCUUUGGGCCCUUAGCCCAUGAGUCUCAGGUUGGGAGUCCCAGCAUUGCAGUUAUCUGACCCAAGCAUUGCUAGAGCUGGGAUAGUUAGCCAAAUCAUCUCCCUAUGAACUUAAGCAGAGUUCUAGAUCAGGCCAGAGGCUCAUUUAAUGCAGCAUCCUUUCCUUGCCCAACUAGAUGACCAUGGGAAGCCCACAAGCAGUGCUUGAGCACAACAGCAAUGCGUUCCUCACCUGUGAUUCUCGGCAACUGAAGAGGCAGACCUUGAAAAGGGAGAAUCUCCUCCCUGUGGACUGCUCCUUGUGGCAAAGAAGAAAGGACAGGAUGCUGUUAACCUUUAUCCUGAUUUCUUAUCAUUUGCAGUCAUAGUGUUGAGUAGUCCACCGAAUAAUAAUAAUAAUAAUAAUAAUAAUAAUAAUAAUAAUCAAAACAAUAUUCACCAUUCCUCGCUUCCUGGCUUACAACCAGGAAAAUAUUAGAUUACAAACCCCAAACACUUUACAGUAUUUCUCAAAUGAUGUCAAGACAAAAGUAUUUCACCUUUCUCAAAGAAGUUGCUUCUGAGGGCAUCUUCUCCACGUGUGGAAUUUGCAAAGGUUUUUGAGUGAGGGAACACGUUGUUUUAGUGGGGGAGAUGUAACAUUGUAACCUCACAAUUGUUGCUCGCAAUGCAGGCAGCUGAUUUCCUUGUCCCACUUGGGUGUCCCUGAAGAGCUGUAUGUCAGGCUGUAAGGUGGGAGCAGCCAGUCAUGGGCAGUCAUAGACUGCUAGGUGGACGUUGGAACUAGGUGAGAAGGCAUGUCCUUAACUAACCUAGGGUUUGAGGAUAUGUGUCCAUAUUGGAGAAGCUAGUUGGUUGACUAAGAGCCUCAGUGGUGUCCUCUGGAGGCUUUACCCCGGGCAAAAUUCCUGGCUAAAUGCCCUUCGUUUCACCACUGGAAACCCCUAAUGGAUGUCACCUGGAGUUUCAUGGUGGGGGAACAGCCAGAUAGGGUCAGGCUAAAGCAUCCAGUUUGUGGGUGGAGAAAUGGCAGGGGAGUGGUUUUAACCAAUUUUCAGAGGGUUAACAAUUUGGGGGUGAGGAAAACUCACCAUCUCCAGAGGGCCUUUGGGCAUAUUCUCCUCCCUCUCCCUCUCCCUCUCCCUCUCCAAAGCCCCUGGGAAUGACAUGGCAUGAUGAAAUGACAUGAUGGGGGCUUCUGGAGGUGGGUAGGAAUGGUCUGGAACCCUCACUCACAACAGCUGGCUUACAGUAUUUAGACCCAUCAAGUGAUAAAGCAUCCAUGCUUAAUGUUGAAAAAUCCCUUUACAGGUGGUAUCACAGGGUCAGCUAAGGAAAGACUGCAAAAAUGACUCUAUUAAGGGGGAGAGGGAUAAGUCCUUCUGAAUUAUUUAUAUCCUGCUUUUAUAUAGCUCCCAACCCUGUAUGAUAAUCAGCUUCAUGGCUGAGUGGGCAUUAGAACCCUGCUCUCCCAAGUUCUGGUCCAGAACUCUAAGCACUACACCAUACCGCCUCCAGUGGUGUGUGGGGGAAAGGCUAAGUAAACUUCAGUGUGUGCUGAUUAACUUAGAAAAAGCAUAUUGGGUCAGCGAUCAGGGAUGAUGGGACAAACAUAGGAAUCUGCUUUAUGCAAAGGCAAAACAUUGGUCCACCUAGCUCAGUGCUGCCUACACUGACUGGCAGUGGCUCAAGCCACAGCUUCUCUCAGUCCUGAGGGAUGGGUCAUUGUUCAGUGGUGGAGCAUCUGCUUUGCCUGCAGAAGGUCCCAGGUUCAAUCACCAGCAGCUCCAGAUAAGGCAGAGAGAGACACCCUGGAUAGCCACUGCUAGUCAGCAUAGUUAAUUCUGAGCUAGAUGUACCAGUAGUCUGACUUAGGAACAUAGGACGCUACCAGCGCCUUACACUAACUCAUCAGCUGCAACACAACUCCUUUCAUGCUAUGUAUUAUUAUGCCUCCUACAUUUUCAGUAAUGCACUAAAGCACUAAACCAGGAAUGAAAGAAACUCUCAUUUUUGCCUGGGUGUGAAAGAGAAGCUGGCCCCCCACCUGGGCAAACUUCAGAGGCAGAGCACCACUCACAGAGGCGUAGCGUAGGGGUACAUGGGGGCUGUGGCCCUGCGUGUAGUUUUGUGAGGGGAUACAAACAGGUGCCUUCAUUGGAGCCCGGCUCUGUGCAAGAAGGAGCUGUGCCUUUUUGCUCAUGCCUGACCCUAGGGGAGGAGAGCAGGAGAGUGGGCAGAAACAAUGCUGCCCACUGUCUUCAGUUGCAGGGUGCCUUGCACAUGGCUGCAGCUGCUCUGCUGCCAGGUCAGGCCUGCCCUGCCCACAGAGGGCAGGAGGAGAGUGGGUGGCAGCUUCCCUGCCCCUCUCCUCCCUUGGACUGUGGUGCAUGGGAUGGUAUCCUCCAUGCCUCCCUUGGGGGAGCCCCACAAGCCCACCCCUGGCAGCAAGGGCAUAUGCUCUGCUGCUGGCUUGUCACUUCCAGGGAUCCUUCCAACAUCUGCAUUUUCUCACUUCCCCAAGAUCCUUCUGGGCAGUAAUAGAUGUAACAUCUCACUUCUGUCAGUUGGGAUGCAUUGGAAGGCAGAGAGGAUGUGGGCCACCAGACGGAACUCUGCAAACAGGUGGUGUGAUUCCCCCACACACACCUGCCCCAUCACAUCCUUGAAUCUUACCUCUCUGAAAAUCAGCCAUAAAUAUGCCCCCAAUUAUUCACCUGCAAGUGUGGAGGAGGGCUUUUUGUUUUGGCCUUUGCUCUUUCAGAGGAGUAGCCUUCAGGAGUAGGUGUCAGGUUUGUAGAACUAAAAAGGAGGGAUGUAGGUCAAUGUUAGAGUACCUGCUUUGCAUGCAGAAGGUUCUAGAUCCAAUCUCUAGUGUCUCCCGGUAGGGCUAGGAGAGAGCCACAUCUAGAACCCUGGAAAGCCACUGCCCAUCUGUGCAGACAAUCCUGAGCUAGAGGGACCAAUGGUUCUGGUUCAGUGUAAGGCAGUCUCUUCUCUUCUUAAUGGCCAUAGCUCAGUGAUAAGGGAACAUCAGAUAUUGGGAGAUGAAGAAGACUUCAGCCUGAGAUAUUGGGGGACCAUGGGCUCAUCCACACUUACCUUUGCUCCACAUUUCUAUGCACAGGUCUAGGAUUUCCAGGUCCAUGCCCAAGUGCUUGUUUUUUGUUGUUGUUUUUUGCCCUGGACACUUUCCCUAUAAAAACCUGCUGUUUACUGCUAAAUCAGAACAAACGGCAAUUUCAGUGUUAAAGAGCAAGGGGGAAGUGGUGGGCCAAAAAAAAAAAAGAAAAAGAAAAAGCAUUGGGAUGUGGACUGGGAAAGCAAGGGCCCAUGCCUAGAAAGCAUGGGGCAAAAGGUAAGUGUGGAUGAGCCCAAUAUUGGCUUGGGUGGACCAGAGAUCUGCGUCAGUAGAAGCUGCUUCACAUAGAAAGAGACAAAGUCAGAGACAGGAGUAUGAGGAGGGUGCUGGGGGAGUACAUAAUGUUGAGCUUGUUGGACCAGUGGUCAGAUUCAGUGUAAGAUGCUUCAUUUGUACCAACAGGGAGUGAGGGGAGAGAGGGCUUGACAAAUGAAUGGAAGACUUUGGGGAGCCAUUGUCCCAAUGGCAUAGACAAUACUGCAUUGGUUGGACCUGUGGUCUGACUCAGUAUAUAACACUUUAUUUGGGAGAAGAGAAAGAGUUGAGUUUGAGAGAGGCUUGGGAGAGUCAAAAGACUGUCAUGAAAGGAGAUGUGGAAGACCUCUUCCUUAGACUCUAAAGAAUCACUGUCCCAGCAAAAUAGACAAUUCUGAGCCAAUUGGUCUAGCUUGACCAGUGGGCUGACUUGGUAUAAGGUGCUUUGUACGUACAAGCACAAGCACACACAGAGAGAUGAGCUUGAACGGGAGAGCUGAAGGGCUGGCAUGCAGCUUGGGAACAGAAGCAGGCUUUUUUAAUUCAGAUAACUAGAUUUUUUGGCUAAUUGGUGUUGUACUCUCCUGUAGCACCUCCUGCUGGACCAGUCAUAGGUAUUUUCCACUGUCUCUUCUCUUGAUUUCAACUAAUCUCUUAAUGGUCCAAAGCAGCAUCUUUUAAUACCUUGGAUUCAGUUUCUUUGGGGUUUUUUUCUAUAUAAAAGUGAGUGCAAGAGUAAUCAUCACAAUAAAAUAUAAUCAGUGGACAGUCUGAAGUUGACUCACACACACACCCCCAUAAGGCAAAAGGAGAAAAAAUUAAUUUCCUGUUUUAAAAGCCCUCACUGCCCACCUUUUCUCCUUCAGCAAGAACUUUGCUGCUUAAUCUUUCUAUACUCUUUUUCUUUCUAUAAAUCCAAUAUGUAUUUAAUAAGAAAAAAUAAGAUGAAAUAUGCACCACUGUCCGGAUCUUAGCUUUGGAAUAUAGAUCAUCUGGUCGAGGGAAACUAUCUUUUUGGUGGGGAGAUUGCAAUUGAUUUAGACUCUUGACAACUGUGAAAAAUAUACAUAACCUCCACCAAAAGAAGGGGGGGGGUCUAAAAAGGGAAUAAAUAAGAAAAUCAAGCAACCUGCACAGUUGCCUUUAGCCCUGAUGAAAUUGAGCCAGCCUGUAUUGUGAUUUUUAUCUCCUCACUUAGGGAGUGUUUUUCCAAUAUAUCUAGUGAUGGGGUGGGGAGGAAUGGUAGGGAGAUAAGCUUUGAGAUGGGUUUGCAGCAAAAUAAUCAACAUGGAUUCUCUCUUGCUGCUAUUCAUUCACACACACUGUCUAGUGGCAGCACCAAAGGAACAGCACAUUGGGCACCUGCCAAGGCUCACACCUCAGCAAGGACCUCACUGUUGACCACUAGAGUCCCUUGACUGUCCUACUCCUCCUCACAGUUGUCAACUGUUCACUUUCCCUAUCCAAAGGUGUAAUGGAAUCAUAGCAUUCUGGACUAGAUGAGCUAUUGUACUGUUUGAGCUCGCUCCUCUUACAUUCUGAUGUUCUUACGGCUGGAAAAAUGAGAAGCUUAUAUUGACAGAUCCACCAAUCCUUUAUCUGAGAAGUCUGUAUUUUCUAGUACCUGGAAAAACACUGUCUCUGUUGUUUUAAUGUAUACUUAUAAUAGAAUCAUAGAAUUGAGGAGUUGGAAGGGACCCCAAGGGUCAUCUAGUCCCACCCUGUGCAAUGCAGGAAUAUCAACUAAACCAUCCAUGACAGAUGUCCAUCCAAUCUCUUAUUAAAAACCUCAGAGAAAGGAGAGUCCAUACCUCCCAAGGGAGACUGUUUCACUUUUGAAGAGCUCUUGCUGUCAGAAAUUUCUUCCUAAUGUUUAGUCGGAAUCUGCUUCCUUGUAACCUGAAGCCAUUGGUUUGAAUCCUACCUUCCAGAGCAGGGGAAAAACCCAGCGUGCUCCAUCUUCCAUGGGACAGCCCUUGAGAUGGCUAUCAUAUCUCCUCUCAGUCUCCUCUUUUCCAGGCUAAACAUACCCAGCUCCUUCUCAUUAGGCUUAGUUUCCAGUCCCAUGAUCAUCUUGCUUGCCCUCCUCUGCACACAUUCCAACAUCCUUCUUAAAUUGUGGUGUCUGGAACUGGACACAGUAUUCCAGGUGUAGUCUGACCAAGGCAGAAUAGAGUGAUACUAUUACUUCCCUUGAUCUGGACCCUAUACAGUGGAUGCUCGGGUUGCAAACGUCAACCAUGCGGGAUGCACAUUCGCAACCUGCAGGGUUCGCAGCCCGUGUCUGUGCACGCAUGGGUUGCAAUUUGGCGCUUCUGCAAUGAGAAGCUGCAAUGAGCUAAGUUUGACUCCUGCUGGUUGCUAACUUAUUAUUGAUUAAAGCAUUCCUCCCCACCCAGCUUUUCACCUAAUUGCCUAUGCAAUUUUUCCAAUGUUAAACCUCUCACAAAGUCCCUAUUUGCCCCAUGCAGGGACAUUUACUGGUUGCUCAUAUGUUGCCUGCAGAGUUUUUCCCAAUAGCAGCUUUUGGAGGGUGGGGCAGUAAAGUGGAUUGAGAAAAUGGCGCUGGAGAUAGGGUUUAAAAAGGCCCACCCCAAUGAUCACCUUUUCUUGAAUUGAAUUCUCUUGCAGCCAUUAUUAUUGUUACAAACCAAAUAAGGGAGUGACAAUGACUCUUCUGCGUCUCAUCUAGCACAGUUGUAACACUAAAAUUAAUGGGUAUGCUAGGGCUUUUUUCCCCAGCUGGAACUCACCAGAACUCAGUUCCGCUUUCUUUCAGGUGGGUGCCAUUGCCAUUUAAGAGAAUAAAGGAGGCAUUCAUAGUGAGUUCCAGCACCUCUUUUUCUAGAAACAUAGCACUGGGGAUGACUUAUCCUAAGAUAAAUCUGCCUUGUUUUGCUUGCCCACAGAAGAACAUAAUAAGAGCCCUGUUAGAUCACACCAAAUGUCAAUGUAGUCUAGGAUUUUUUCUCCCAGCAGUGACCAACCAGAUGCAUCUGGGAAGUCCACAGGGAGAGUGUGAAGCUCAUAGCCCUCCCCUGUUGUUUAUGCCCCAGCAACUAGCAUUCAGUGAAAAUAUACUUUCUCUGAACACCAUGCCUAUGUUCUCUCUCCACUGAUGGAAGCGGUAUGCUCUGCAUACCAGUUGAUGGUAAUCACAAAUGGGGAGAGACCGUUUCAUUCAGGUCCUUUUUGUGGGCUUUUCACUGGGGCACCUGUGUGGCCACUGUGAGAACAAGAUGCUGGACUAGAUGGACCUUUGUUCUGAUCCAGCCAGGCUCCUCUUCUGUUUAUACAGAGGUACCUCGGGUUCAGAACUUACCGUAAUUCGUUCUGGAGGUCCGUUCUUAACCUGAAACUGUUCUUAACCCGAGGUACCACUUUAGCUAAUGGAGCCUCCCACUGUCGCCGCCGCACAAUUUCUGUUCUCAUCCUGAAGCGAAGUUCUUAACCCGAGGUACUAUUUCUGGGUUAGAGGAGUCUGUAACCUGAAGCGUCUAUAACCUGAAGUGUCUGUAACCCAAGGUACCACUGUAUAUUCAUAUUGACUAAUAACCUUUGAGAGACUUACCUUCUCCAUGAAUUUGCCCAACCCCCUUUGAAAGCCAUUUAUUGGUGGUCCUUCACUGAGUUCUGCUCCUACUCUCCUGCUAUCACAGAAUUAUAGAGCUGGAAUCAUAGUGUAUGAAUCAUAGUGCGUAAAUAAUGAAUCAUAGCGUAUGAAUCAUAGCGCUCAAAUGAUUCCAUCGCAGGGAAUCAUAGGGGUGGAAGGGACUUCAAAGGUCAUAGUUGGCCAUACAACCUCUGCUUAUAAACCUUCCAUGUAGGAGAUUGCGUCACCUUUCAAGUCCGUCUGCCCUACUGUUGAACAGCUUGUACCAUCAAGAAGUUCUUCCUAAUGCUUAGUCAUAAUCCUGCUUUUUAUAAUUUGUGGGUCCAUUAUUUCAGUUCCUGGUCUCUUGCACAACAGAAAUGAAAUUUGCUCCACUAUUAUUUUGACAGCCCUUCAGAUAUUUGAGCAUGAUUAUCAUAGCCACAUCUUAAUCACCUCCAGGCUAAACAAACCCAACUCCAUAAUCCUUUCCUCAUUGGUGUUCUGGGCCAUGAGGGCAAAAGUAGCACUGCCUCACCAACCCCAGUAAGGCCCCAGCUGCCUGCCUUCUUGCAUACAGCCAUUCAGGGGCUGGCUCUGUCUGUCAUCGGUUGUGGCUCCACCUCCCAUUGGCUUCCCCACCUUCCACUCUACCAGCCCCAAUGGGAAACAGCCAUUGCAUGAUGUUUCUGGAUAUAGGAGUAUAAAAGCAACUAUCUCUCUUUCUUUACAGGGGGAAUUGUGCUGAAUCCUUCCUUCUAUGGCAUAGCGGGACACACCCAUACAAUGAUCCAUGAAAUAGGGCACAGUCUGGGCCUCUACCACGUCUUCCGAGGAAUCUCCGAGAUCCUCUCCUGCAACGAUCCAUGCAUGGAAACAGAACCUUCCUUUGAGACCGGUGACCUUUGCCAUGACACAAAUCCAGCUCCAAAACACAAGACCUGUGGUGAUCCAGCCCCUGGGAAUGACAUGUGUGGUUUCCGUAGCUUCCAGGACACUCCAUUUAACAAUUUUAUGAGCUACACAGGUACUCUGCCCUCCCUUCCUAGCCUUCUACUAGAGUUGACCUUUUUUCAAAAUGUUGAUAGCAAGCUUUAGAGUUUCUUAUUCAGGCUUCAGGUUUUUUGCAGCAAAGGUGAAACUUACGUGUUCAGGUUGACACCAGUCAGUUAAGCACUUUCUAGAACAUAUGAGACAGAGAACCAGUGCAAUUAUGUUUCAUUUGAUGAGCUGGGCUUCAAAAAUGUUGAUAGCACAUGUGUUCUAAAUGUACUUACUAGGAAAUAAUCUUCACUGAAAACCUUGAGACUUAAUUCUGACUUAGACAAGUAUAGGAUAGAGAUGAGGAGAAACUUGAAAAAGUUUGCAUUUAGAGGUGAACCUAACUAAUUCACACUUUCCAAAACAAUGCAGUAUGUGGGGGUAGUCAUAGGUUUGAAUCCUGCAACUGCAGCAGUGGGCCUUGGCCUUGGACUGUGGGGAUGGAAGAGAGGAAGGGGGCUGCUGGGGAGCACAUGGUUGCUGCUGAAUGGAGAAUGGAUUAACUGGAGAGGAAGGCCUCCAGAGAUACUAUGGAGCAGGAGCAUGUGGGGGGACGGACCUGGGAUGAGGCCUGUCCUGCUCCUUUUGAUCCUUGCCACUUUUACUCAGGGCAGCUAUAAGAAAAUGUUCUCUAAGCAAAGUCAGAACAGAACAAGAUGCAAGUGAGUUCCUUUAUUUGUCCCAGUGGCCAAGACAGUGAUGACCAAACAGGACCGCACAGGCUACUAUCUGUUUGGAAAGAUUAUAUUGAAUACUCACAGUGUAUUUAAUCAUUGGUCCAAGCCAAUUUUAAGGGGAAUAAAAGCUGUAUCCAUCAAAAACUGUUCAUGAGCUGAAUAUUCAGGAACGAAAGGUUUGACUCAAAGAAAAUGGGUAAGAGCAGUUUUUUUAAAAAAAAAAAAUAAUUUGUUUGCGGGAGGUUAUUAUUUUGUUGUUUCUGUUUUAGCUACUUAUCUGUGCUUUUGUCUUACAUUUUUAUCUUGUGAAGUGCUUGAAAUCUUUUGGUGAAGGACAGUAAAAAAUAAAAUAAAAUAAAUAAUAAAUGCACAAACCGAAAAGCAGCCUUCCUUCAAAAUUCACCCUUCUCAUUUUGCAAUGCAGUUCUCCAGCCAAGUCAAAAUGCAUAUACUAGAGUAAAGUGUGUUUAAAAAUGCAUAUAUUGGUGAUAAUAACAUACACAUAUGCAUUAAACUGGAGGAAAUGCCAUAUAAAAUGUGUAUAUUAGGAGAAAUGUACACUAAGGUGCUGAUGCAUUUUCAUUAGGGAUUUUUAAUUUUUAAAAAAUCAGGACACUAAUAUGAUUAACAAUGAGAACUGAAUUUAAGAUUGGAAAAGUGAGAAUCUGAAGGAAAUUAAAAUUUGCCAUUCCUCACCUAGUAUAGGAUCAUGCCAACCUCUCUUGCCCAGGUUUCUGAUUUUGCAGCAGUGGCACUGAUGACUACAUGUUCUGGUUUAUGCCAGCCCAUCUGAAUUCAGCACCUUUUAGAACAAAGGAAUGAAUAAAGCAAGGGCUUUCUAAUCCGUCGAGCAAAGGGAAGUGUGGAUGAAUGAUCAUAAAUCCCUUCUUCAUCCAUUUCUACCCAUCCAAACUGCAUUCCUUUAGGUAAACUUAGCUGAGAGAAAUGCAUGAAGUGGGCAAGGCUACAAGAAGUCAUGUGGCACUUACAAGGAGGGCUUUCCUCCCAUCAUCCCAAUACUUUUGAUUGGACCCUCCCAUCUCAUAUUGUGUGAUUGGCAGCAGAUGUGAGUUUAAAUUAGGGUUAGGGCUCUCAUUGCCUUCAAGAUGUUGCUGGAUUACAACCUCCUGGCAUCCCUGACCAUUGGCCAUACUAGCUUGGUGCUGAUGGGAGUUGGUGUUGUACAACAUCUGGAGGACCACAGAUUGUCUAUCCUGCAUUUAAAUGAAGAGCUUUGCAAGCAGUGCCUCUAAUUUGCUCUGAAAUUUCCCUUCCAGAUCACUAGGUGGUAAAGAGAAAGGAUAAAUAAGUCUUGUGAUCCAGUAUUUAGUUUUCCUUUCUCUCAUUUUUCCUUUCAUCAGUUGAGGCUGCUACUGGUCAGCUCUUUCUCCUGGAAUGCCAGGGAAGCUUGCAGUGUUACUCAGGAGAGCUUAUAGAGCAGCCAUGUUCACAGUUUAACUCUUUUUUAUUUAACUCUUCCCCCGUCCCAUCCCCUCUCUCCUCUCUUUCACAUGUGCAACAUUGUGUGACUUGUUUCCACCCUGCCUUAUCCCCUCAGACGAUGACUGCACCAACUCCUUCACACCCAACCAGGUGGCAAGGAUGCACUGCUACCUGGACCUCGUGUAUCAGAGCUGGCAACCUGUCAAGAAGCCUGCCCCCAUUGCUAUCACACCACAGAUCGUGGACCGAAUGGGGACCUUCAUCACCUUGGAGUGGUUUCCACCCAUAGACAGGCACUUCUUUGAAAGGUGA